AUGUAUGUUAAUGUGACUUUACAUUACCGUUUGUCUACAGACCAGCAGAACAUCUACAUCGGUGUCCCGGUGCCUCGUGGGUACAGACGGAAACGCCGGCGAAGACGUUCUGCGGGGGGCCGUGAGGUAGCGGACAAGGAGAGGGGGGACAGACACUACGACCACCACAGACACCAUGACCAUGAGCAUGACGACAGAGACAGAUACAGAGACCUAGAGGAGGGACUCAUGGACCCACAUGACCUUCAAGUCCCUCAAGACAUCAACCGCACAAGUGAGUCAUGAUCUGCGUGACGAAUGGCACCCUAUUCACUAUAUAGUGCACUACCAGGGAUUCAAUCACAUCACACUCCAGUGCUUAUGCACUACAACAACCAAUUAUGUAAAUGUACACUACCAGUCAAAAGUUUGGACACACCUACUCAUUCAAUUUUUUGGGUUGAUACAAAAUAAAUAAUACAAUAUAGAAUAAUAGUGAAGACAUCAAAACUAUGAAAUAACACAUAUGGAAUCAUGUUGUAACCAAAAGAAGUGUUAUACAAAUCAAAAUAUAUAUUUUAUAUUUGAGAUUCUUCAAAUAGCCACCCUUUGCCAUGACGACAGCUUUGCACACUCUUGGCGUUCUCUCAACCAGAUUCAUGAGGUAGUCACCUUGAAUGCAUUUCAAUUAACAGGUGUGCCUUCUUAAAAGUUAAUUUGUGGAAUUUCUUUCCUUCUUAAUGCGUUUGAAUCAAUCAGUUGUGUUCUGACAAGGUAGAGGGUAAAAUACUAAGUCCAUAUUAUGGCAAGAACAGCUCAAAUCAGCAAAGAGAAACGACAGUCCAUCAUUACUUUAAGACAUGAAGGUCAGUCAAUAAGUUUCUUCAAGUGCAGUCGCAAAAACCAUCAAAAACCAAUCAUGAGGACCGCCACAGGAAUGGAAGACCCAGAGUUACCUCUGCUGCAGAGGAUAGGUUCAUUAGAGUUACCAGCCUCAGAAAUUGCAGCCCAAAUAAAUGCUUCACAGAGUUAAAGUAACAGACACAUCUCAACAUCAACUGUUCAGAGGGGACUGUGUGAAUCAGGCCUUCAUGGUUGAAUUGCUGCAAAGAAACCAUUACUAAAGGACACCAAUAAGAAGAAGAGACCUGCUUGGGCCAAGAAACACGAGCAAUGGGCAUUAGACCGGUGGAAAUUUGUCCUUUGGUUUGGAGUCCAAAUUUGCGAUUUUUGGUUCAAACCGUCAUGUCUUUGUGAGACUCGGUGUGGGUGAAUGGAUGAUCUCCGCAUGUGUAGUUCCCACUGUAAAGCAUGGAGGAGGAGGUGUUAUGGUGUGGGGGUGCUUUGCUGGUGACACUGUCUGUGAUUUAUUUAGAAUUCAAGGCACACUUAACCAGCAUGGCUACCACAGCAUUCUGCAGCGAUACACCAUCCCAUCUGGUUUGGGCUUAGCGGGACUAUCAUUUGUUUUUCAACAGGACAAUGACCCAACACACCUCCAGGCUGUGUAAGGGCUAUUUUACCAAGAAGGAGAGUGAUGGUGUGCUGCAUCAGAUGACCUGGCCUCCACAAUCCCCCGACCUCAACCCAAUUGAGAUGGUUUGGGAUGAGUCGUACGGCAGAGUGAAGGAAAAGCUUCCAACAGGUGCUCAUCAUAUGUGGGAACUCCUUCAAGACUGUUGGAAAAGCGUUCAAGGUGACUACCUCAUGAAGCUGGUUGAGAGAAUGCCAAGAGUGUGCAAAUCUGUCAUCAAGGCAAAGGGUGGCUACUUUGAAGAAUCUAACAUCUAAAAUAUAUUUUGAUUUGUUUAACACUUUUUUGGUUACUACAUGAUUCUAUAUGUGUUAUUUCAUAGUUUUGAUGUCUUCACGGUUAUUCUACAAUGUAGAAAAUAGUAAAAAUAAAGAAAAACCCUUGAAUGAGUAGGUGUGCCCAAACUUUUGACUGGUACUGUAUAUUAAAUUAAGCUGACUUUGCUGUACAACAUGACAGUAGCCUACUUUGUUCUGCCUACUCAUCGUACCUAAAAAAGUUGUUAAAUGAGACCUCAAACUUCUCAACCUUGUCCAAUGCAAGCGGAUAGAGAACAGAGCAUUCCUCUACACAGUACAUUGACCAUAGUGGAUUGAUCUCUCCCUUCCUCCAUUGACGGCCAUGUACAAUAGACCAUGGAUGAUUUGAACUCAUUGGGGAAAACCUAUUUCCAAUGAUUUUUCCUCUGCUGAAUAUUUUUUUGCCCAGUAGUUUUCAUGUUUUCUACAUUGGGAAAAAGUAAUAUACUCUGUAUCGUUCACAUAUAUUGUCUUUCCCCAUAGAAAUAUAAUCACUAUGAUGAUGUGGUUCUAUUUCUAUUGUCCUUCCCCAUAGGCUGACAAGUGAGGUCUUUGUGGAUACUAAUGUAUGCAAACAGGCAAUAUAAUAGGAAUUCACUCCAGGGUUGGUUCCUGUCGAUACAAUGAUUUAAAGCCAUUGAUCCAUCAUGGCAUUUUACAGCUCAGUGUGUAAUUCAUAGAAGGCUCUGGUUCCAUCCAUAGGUUAGGUUAGAACACUGUGACCACCAGCUGCAGUGCAAAGCUCCCUUCCCCCAGCUAACUACAACCCACAUAUGGAAUCUGUCCCAAAUGGCACCCUGUUCCCUAUUUAGUGCACUAUUCUUGACCAUAACCCAUAGGACUCAGGUCAAAAGUAGUACACAAUAUAGGAAAAAGAGUGCCAUUUGGGACAAAAACAUGGACAUCUACACUACCAGUCAAAGGUUUGGACACACCUACUCAUUCAAGGGUUUUUCUUAAUUUUUACUAUUUUUUACAUUGUAGAAUAAUAGUGAAGACAUCAAAACUAUCAAAUAACACAUAUGGGGGGGGGGGGGGGUAUACAGAAGGUAGCCCUAUUUGGUAAAAGACCAAGUCCAUAUGAUGGCGAGAACAGCUCAAAUAAGCAAAGAGAAACGACAGUCCAUCAUUACUUUAAGACAUGAAGGUCAGUCAAUACUGAACAUUUCAAGAACUUUUAAAGUUUCUUCAAGUGCUGUCGCAAAAACCAUAAAGCGCUAUGAUUAAACUGGCUCUCAUGAGGAUUGCCACAGGAAUGGAAGAUCCAGAGUUACCUCUGCUGCAGAGGAUAGGUUCAUUAGAGUUACCAGCCUCAGAAAUUGCACGCCAAAUAAAUGCUUCACAGAGUUCAAGACACAUCUCAACAUCAACUGUUCAGAGGGGGAUUGUGUGAAUCCGAGGGGGAUUGUGUGAAUCAAGAAACCACCACUAAAGGACACCAAUAAUAAGAAGAGACCUGCUUGGGCCAAGAAACAUGAGCAAUGGACAUUAGACCGGUGGAAAUGUGUCCUUUGGUCUGGAGUCCAAAUUUGAGAUUUUUGGUUCAAACCGCCAUGUCUUUGUGAGACACGGUGUGCGUGAACGGAUGCUAUCCGCAUGUGUAGUUCCCACCGUAAAGCAUGGAGGAGGAGCUGUUAUGGUGUGGGAGUGCUUUGCUGGUGACACUGUCUGUGAUUUAUUUAGAAUUCAAGGCACACUUAACCAGCAUGGCUACCACAGCAUUCUGCAGCGAUACGCCAUCCCAUCUGGUUUGGGCUUAGUGGGACUAUCAUUUGUUUUUCAACAGGACAAUGACCCAACACACCUCCAGGCUGUGUAAGGGCUAUUUUACCAAGAAGGAGAGUGAUGGAGUGCUGCAUCAGAUGACCUGGCCUCCACAAUCCCAAUUGAGAUGGUUUGGAAUGAGUCAGCAUAUGUGGGAAUUCCUUCAAGACUGUUGGAAAAGCAUUCCAGGUGAAGCUGGUUGAGAGAAUGCCAAUAGUGUGCAAAGCUCUCAUCAAGGCAAAGGAGGGCUAUUUGUUUAACACUUUUUUGGUUACUACCUGAUUCCAUAUGUGUUUUUUCAUAGUUUUGAUGUCUUCACUAUUAUUCUACAAUGUAAAAAAUAGUAAAAAUAAAGAAAAAUGUCCAAACUUUUGACUGGCACUGUAUGUCAAUCUUCAUGUAAAUGUCAGAGAAUGAAAGGGAUUGUUUGUACAGUACGCAAGUGAUUUAUUAUCAUUAAGCCAAUAAGCUGUAACUUCUCUAUUAUCAUAGAAAACAGAGUCUAAUACUAAGGCAACGUAUUGAUCUGGUGGUGAACUGUAGAUUUGAACACGAUAAAGAGUGAUUUUGUUGAUUGUUUCAGUAGGGGAGAGUGGGGUAAGUUGAGCUAAAAGGUUAGUUGAGCCACCCCUUGUUUCUAGGAAACCAUACACAAAAUUAAUCAUGUGACCAAAUAUUUAGGAAGAGUUUCAUGGAGUCUGUGAAGGAAGAAACCACAUGGAAAAGUUGGUAAGCAAGUUAGGUCCGAAAAACUGAUUUUCAAAUGAAUUUAUUGUGUUAUAGGUUUUAUGAUGCUUGUAUCUAAACCUAGGAAGAUAGUUUUACGAUUUUUAUACAUUACAUUUUAGUCAUUUAGCAGACACUCUUAUCCAGAGCGACUUACAGUUAGUGAGUGCAUACAUUACUUAUUUUUUAUUUUAAAAAAAUCAUACUGGCCCCCCGUGGCAAUCGAACCCACAACCCUGGCAUUGCAAACGCCAGGCUCUACCAACUGAGCUACAUCCCUGCCGGCCAUUCCCUCCCCUACCCUGGACAAAUUGUGCGGUCUCCUGGUCGCAGCCGGCUACGACAGAGCCUGGAUACAAACCAGGAUCUCUAGUGGCACAGCUAGCACUGCGAUGCAGUGCCUUAGACCACUGCGCCACUCGGGAGUCUACAUCAGUUGGGGGUCUCUAUAAGCUACAAUAUGAGGUCCUAAACCUAGAAUGAAAGUGCAUCCUUGUAUCUGUGUGGGCUAAUAUAGUCAACAUUUUUGACUUGGGGUAGGUUGAGGCAAUGGCCACCAUACAUAUCCCUGUUAGGUUCUAACUCAUGGUACAAAUCUAGUUGGACUACAAAAUAAGCUGCAAAAGCACCCAUACAAUUCACACAAGCAUACAGUGAGGGAAAACAGUAUUUGAUCCCCUGCUGAUUUUGUACGUUUGCCCACUGACAAAGAUUUUAAUGGUAGGUUUAUUUUAACAGUGAGAGACAGAAUAACAAAACAAAAAAAUCCAGAAAAACGCAUGUCAAAAAUGUUAUAAAUUGAUUUGCAUUUUAAUGAGGGAAAUAAGUAUUUGACCCCUCUGCAAAACAUGACUUAGUACUUGGUGGCAAAACUCUUGUUGGCAAUCACAGAGGUCAGACGUUUCUUGUAGUUGGCCACCAGGUUUGCAUUUGGCCCACUCCUCUUUGCAGAUCUUCUCCAAGUCAUUAAGGUUUCGAGGCUGACGUUUGGCAACUUGAACCUUCAGCUCCCUGACAGCUCCCACUGACAAAGACAUGCGUUUUUCUGGAUUUGUUUGUUGUUAUUCUGUCUCUCACUGUUCAAAUAAACCUACCAUAAAAAUUAUAGACUGAUCAUGUCUUUGUCAGUGGGCAAACGUACAAAAUCAGUAGGGGAUCUAAUACUUUUUUCCCUCACUGUAUAUUUAAACCUUUUGAUUAGGCGGAGUCACCUCCUUGUAUUUCUAGGACAAACAGUCGGUCUCUGUUACUGGGCAACAACUGAGUCUGUUCCUCCUAUUGGUGUUGUUGUGGCCCAUUCUGAGUCCAGAAUUUCAGUCAGAUAGUCUCCAACACCCCAAUCAAACGAUGAUUACAUUUAGUCAGUUUUAUACAUAAAUGCAUCGUAUUUUUAAAAUGUGUCAUGCAUAUGAACUCAAGAUAGUGCAUUUUUAUUGUUACAGAGCAGAGAUCAUCAUGCCCCGUGUAUACAAACAUAAAACAAGCACGGGUCUAGCCCCCCCUUGAGGUUGUUGAGAGAGCAGCUAAAGAAGUGAGAGAAGGGAAGAAGUCUAUUAGAGUGCCAACAACUAGCAAGGGAGGAAAAAAUCGACUGAUUGACACUAAAGAGGUACAGUUACAAAAUUGUUUAACAAAGAUGUACCUGUGUGAAAGAGAGGCUGUGACAGAGUAGCAGAGGACCACAAGGUCUUAUCUGAUGACAUGGAGUCUGAGCUUGCUAAACAAAUCAAGAAUCUUGCUGACCAGUUUCAUGGGCUUAGUGGCCUCAAAUGCAGAGAACUUGCCAAUGAAUUGGCACAUCGAAACAUCCCUGUCCCAGACAACUGGUCAAGAAAUGGAAGGGUAAGUGAUAUUAAAAAGAGAGAUCUAUAUCUGAAUGUAGGCAUACAUUUAAGAUAAUAUAUCACCCCCCCCCCCCCCAUUCCAUGAAUUAAACCUUGACCUACCAGCACCAUCACCCACUGUCACAGGACACCAUCACCUAUUUACCUGAAGGCGGCUCAACUUACCCUGUCCCUAUGCUCAAUUUACCUCAUACCCGGGGUAAGUUGUGCAAAGAGAUCACUUUUUUUGGACAAGCUAUGUUGUUAUUUUUACAUGAAUUCUGGUUAUUUCCAGGGAUACACAACAUCCUGAAUUAUAAAUAUCUUUGUUAGAAAAAAUACUAUAUUUCCCUUGACGUAGUGAUGAUGAAUGUAUAAAAUGUCUCAACAUACCCCAUUCUCCCCUAUAUUGAGUUUGUAAUAUGUCAAGUCAGGUCGCUGAGUUAGCCUAAGCAUUGACCGUUUGGUGUAGAGACCAAACCCUCUGGUUAUGGGUGUUCCUGUUGGAUUGAUAGAAAUGCUGCCAAGCUCAAGAUCAGAUCAUUACCAUUUAAGUGGAAUGUAAAGGGAAAGACAAGUUUAUCACUUUUUGAUCCAAUGUAUCGGCAAACCAUCCAUAAAUAAUAACGUGUGUGAGGAAUUAUAACAACAACCCAGUAAAAUUCUAAUAUUCAGCUUGACCUUUUCAAUAUUAGAAAAUGUGAUCAUCACUGUCUACUGUUACACCAUUUCUUGAAACUCCCUGUAUAAUAAGUGGGCACACUGGGAAGAGAUUAAGCAUGUUUAGAUUUCUGAUCCAUAAAAGUACAAAUAAAUACAAAAUCUCCAGAGUAAAUAUGAGUCUGACAAGCAGUGAUGAUAUCUGACGUGUGUGUACGUGUGUGUCUUCAUCCCAGUGUCCCCUGCAGCGGAGCGGCUCCGCUACAUCCUGGGAGAGGACGAUGACAUGCCCACCCCCACACUGUUCACUGAGAUGGACACGCUGCAGCAGGACGGGGAUGAGCUGGAGUGGAAAGAGUCUGCUAGGUGACUGCUGACCCAAAGUUUACUCACACAGAACUACAGAAUCAUAACAGAUUACACACACAGAUCUAUAGAAUAAUAACAGAUUACACACACAGACAUACAGAAUCAUAACAGAUUACACACACAGACCUAUGGAAUCAUAACAGAUUACACACACAGACCUAUGGAAUCAUAACAGAUUACACACACACAGACCUAUGGAAUCAUAACAGAUUACACACACAGACCUAUGGAAUCCUAACAUAUUACACACACAGACAUACAGAAUCAUAACAGAUACAAACAGACUAUGGAUCUACAUACACACAGACCUAUGGAAUCAUAACAGAUUACACACACAGACCUAUGGAAUCAUAACAGAUUACACACACAGACCAUGAAUCAUAACAGAUUACACACACAGACCUAUGGAAUCAUAACAGAUUACACACACAGACCUAUGGAAUCAUAACAGAUCACACACACAGACCUACAGAAUCAUAACAUAUUACACACACAGACAUACAGAAUCAUAACAGAUUACACACACAGACAUACAGAAUCAUAACAGAUUACACACACAUACAUACAGAAUCAUAACAGAUUACACACACAUACAUACAGAAUCAUAACAGAUCACACACAGAGACCUAUAGAAUCAUAACAGAUUACACACACAGACCUACAAAAUCAUAACAGGUUACACACACAGACCUAUAGAAUCAUAACAGAUCACACACACAGACCUAUAGAAUCAUAACAUAUUACACACACAGACCUAUAGAAUCAUAACAGAUUACACACACAGACAUACAGAAUCAUAACUGAUCACACACACAGACCUAUAGAAUCAUAACAGAUCACACACACAUGCCUACAAAAUCAUAACAGGUUACACACACAGACCUAUAGAAUCAUAACAGAAACAUACAGUAGAAGCCAGCCAAUGUCAAAUAUGUCAAGUUCAUGCCAAGAAGUUGACAGUCUAUGUUAUCAACUUCUGAGUCACCUGUAGUAUAGGCUAAUUUAUAUUUUAACUUGUGCAUGGUGAUACCAUAAAUACAUGCCAUAGAACAAAUUGUCCCACUCCUUCAGCAUGGACGGAUGUCAUUCUAGAACCCACCAAUUUUGUCAUGCAUUUCAUGUUUUAUUAUGUCAUGCAGGAUGAAUGAAUGUCUGAGCUACUGAAUGUCUGAGGUACUGAAUGUCUGAGCUACUGAAUGUCUGAGCUACUGAAUGUCUGAGCUACUGAAUGUCUGAGCCACUCAAUGUCUGAGCUACUGAAUGUCUGAGCCACUGAAUGUCUGAGCUACUGAAUGUCUGAGCUACUGAAUGUCUGAGCCACUGAAUGUCUGAGCUACUGAAUGUCUGAGCCACUGAAUGUAUGAGCCACUGAAUGUCUGAGCUACUGAAUGUCUCAGCUACUGAAUGUCUGAGCCACUGAAUGUCUGAGCCACUGAAUGUCUGAGCUACUGAAUGUCUGAGCCACUGAAUGUCUGAGCUACUGAAUGUCUGAGCCACUGAAUGUCUGAGCUACUGAAUGUCUGAGCCACUGAAUGUCUGAGCCACUGAAUGUCUGAGGUACUGAAUAUCUGAGCUACUAAAUGUCUGAGCUACUGAAUGUCUGAGGUACUGAAUGUCUGAGCUACUGAAUGUCUGAGCUACUGAAUGUCUGAGGUACUGAAUGUCUGAGCUACUGAAUGUCUGAGCUACUGAAUGUCUGAGCUACUGAAUGUCUGAGCCACUGAAUGUCUGAGCUACUGAAUGUCUGAGGUACUGAAUGUCUGAGCUACUGAAUGUCUGAGCUACUGAAUGUCUGAGUGUUAGUGCGUGUCAUUCCCAAGACAAGCAGUCAGUGUUGACCUUAGUCAUUUUUCCCUUCCAACUCAUUUGACGCCUCCAACUCAUGUCAUCUAUCUGUCCCUGUGUUGUGGUCCAGGUGGGUGAAGUUUGAGGAGAAGGUGGAGGAGGGAGGAGAGAGGUGGAGCAAGCCCCAUGUGUCCACCCUGUCCCUGCACAGUCUGUUUGAACUGAGGACCUGUCUACAGACCGGCACUGUGCUGCUGGAUCUGGAGGGAUACUCACUGCCACAGAUAGUUGGUGAGCAACACAAACUCCCUUUUACAGAGCACUAAUGCAUGCCAAAUCAGGCUUGUGUGAUUCUUAACUAAUGUUAAGAGAUAGUACUGUAAACAAUGUCAAGUCUCUGUCACAAUUGACAAGCAGAGGCAUUUCAGCAUAUUUAGCCCUUCUAAGAACAGUUAGCCUAAUGUGUACAGAUGUAGGAUCUUAAUUCGAUCACCCUAUUGCAUGAGAACUUUCCUGCAAUGCAGGAAAUGUAAAAUUGUAGUGUAUUUGAGGUUUAAAAAGGCUUAAAUUUUAGACUUGAUUUUCCCUUACAACAUUUUUUAUAAACCUCUACAAAAAUGUCCAUGAAUUAUAAUCUACAUAAUAAUUUACAUUUGUCCUGUUGCUGCAGGAUUAUUUUCCUGCUGUAGCAAACUGGCUCAAAUGAAGAUGCUAGUAGCCUUCAGUUGUUGACAAGAAAGGUGUUAUGGUACCAAGAAGGAAAUUAAUUGGUGGUCGUGAGUGAUAUUACACAAACAGUAAUAAGACCACAUUCUCCUCCAGAUGAAAUCAUCGAGCAGCAGGUAGACGAGGGCAUGCUAUCUCCUGACCUGAGAGAGAAGAUCAGCUUUGUCCUCCUGAGGAAGCACAGGCACCAGACCAAAAAGCCCAUCCACCGCUCUCUGGCUGACAUGGGCAAGGCCAGCGGUGGUGGUGCCCGUGAGUGUCCCUCUGCUCUCUGGUCAAGUAUAGCCGUCAUUAGCCUUAUACACAUUAUAGUACUUCCUAAAUGGUGGUGGUCCUCUGUAGCUCAGCUGGUAGAGCACGGCGCUUGUAACGCCAAGGUAGUGGGUUCGAUCCCCGGGACCACCCAUACACAAAAAAAAUGUAUGCAUGCAUGACUGUAAGUCGCUUUGGAUAAAAGCGUCUGCUAAAUGGCAUAUUAUUAUUAUUAUUAUUAUUAAAUGUUACAUUUGUAGCCUACUUAUAUACAUUAAAACAUCAAAUUUGAUGCCCACUACCUAGGCUGUCUUACACUUUCAUUAAUUGCAAUUGACCACACAGGUUUUCAUGCAGUAAUUUAUUCAAUUCAAUUCUAUAAACGUUAUUUAUCCCCAAGGGGAAAUUAUAAUCUUGUUCAACAGUUUCCUGUUUCUUUACUUGUAUUUCCUCCUCAGCCCGUAGUCCAGGUGCAGCGGCCGCAUUCAACCGCUCCACAGAAGACCUCCGCAUGAAAUCACAGCCAGGAGGCUAUGGUCGUCUGCGUGAGUCUCUCUCUCUCUCUGUACCUCUUACUGCUUUCAUCAUCUCUCUAGAACCUGUUUGUCUCUAUCUCUCUCUUCCUUUGACUUCUUGUAUCUCUUCUAAAUAUCCAAUUAUUUCCCUCUCUCUUUUCAGAUGUGUUCAAAGCUCUAGAAUAAUAGACAAUAUAAUGUAAUAAUACAUAGUACACUAGAAAAUAUUUCAUCGUCUUCAUGGCAUGAACUCAUUUCAUUUGAAGAAGAAAAAACUCAAUUGAUUUGCACAUUUUUCAUUGAUAAUUAGAACCCUCUCCAUAUUCUAAGCAUUGAUAUGAUCAAUUGUUUACAUGUACUGUGUUGUUUUACAGGUCAUGCCCAAAGUAGGAGCAUGAACGACAUUUCAGACACUCCGAGCACAGACCAGGUGACACACUGAUACUACAUUACAACUCAGCAGGCUCAAUUCAAUCAAACAUUAUCCUUGCACAGAGAAAGUACAGGUUUUACUGAAUUAUUGUCAUAAUAUAAUGUCGAUUUUUUAACCUAGGUUAAUCUAGGUUAGUUACAUCAUUUAAAAUGUGCAUGUUCUCUAUGCAGGGAUAAUGUUCGUUUUCCGCACAGCUGUUUGAUUGAAUUUCAACCAGAGUAAUAAUAAUAAUAAUAAUAGUGUUUUAUUAUGCAGGGUGUUUGUAAUGCAGGAAUUACUAUGACUUAUUUUGCAAUGGCAAAACGUGUUGAGUGUGUGUAUGCGUAUACACUGAGUACACAAAACAUUAAGAACACCUGCUCUUUCCAUGACAUAGACAGACCAGGUGAAUCCAGGUGAAAGCCACGAUCCCUUAUUGAUGUUACUUGUUAAAUCCACUUCAAUCAGUGUAGAUGAAGGGAAGGAGACAGGUUAAAGAAGGAUUUUCAUGCCUUCAGACAAUUGAGACAUGGAUUGUGUAUGUGUGCCAUUCAGAGGGUGUAUGGGCAAGACAAAAGAUUUAAGUGUCUUUGAACAGGGUAUGGUAGUAGGUGCCAGGCGCACCGGUUUGUGUCAAGAACCGCAAUGCUGCUGGGUUUUUCACUCUCAACAGUUUCCCGUGUGUAUCAAGAAUAGUCCACCACCCAAAGGACAUCCAGCCAACUUGACACAUCUGUGGGAAGCAUUGGAGUCAACAUGGGCCAGCAUCCCUGUGGAACGCUUUCGACACCUUGAAGAGUCCAUGCCCGGAUGAAUUGAGGCUCUUCUGAGGGCAAAAGAGGGGGGUGCAAUUCAAUAUUAGGAAGGUGUUCCUAAUGUUUGCUAUACUGAGUGUAUAUGUGUGUUUAUGCAUGCCAUAUACUGUAUUAAAUAUCAGUUUAACCGGUAAUCUAAUGUUACCUUCUGUACAUAUGCUGUAGAGCAGGGUUUCCCAAACUCAGUCCUGGGGCCCCCCUGGGUGCACGUUUUGGUUUUUGCCCUAGCACUACACAGCUGAUUCAAAUAACCAACUCAUCAUCAAACUUUGAUUAUUUGAAUCAGUUGUGUAGUGCUAGGGCAAAAAACUAAUUGUGCACCCAGGGGGGGCCCCAGGACCAAGUUUGGGAAACCCUGCUGUAGAGGAUUUGUAUUGCAGUUGUAUUUCAUUGUUGCCAUGGGAGCCCGAUGGGAACCAGUGUUGUUAAUUAAAUCUUGGAUUGUGUUUGUUUUAGUGUUGGUGUCACAGAGCUGUCUGGGGAGCAGGCGGGCUCACAAUUCAGUGUUGUCUAAGGAUGAUUUAACAGUAGCAUUUAAACCCAGUGAGAAAUACAGCCCCUCCGUGAACACAGGAGACUUCCAUUGUAAGAAGGGUUGUAAUGCUGUGAAUGAUGGAGGAUGGGUCAGGUGUAUUGUGCUGAGCAUUGGGUUGAAACAGUUGCCUCUUUGCCAAGUUUAUGCCCAAAUAAUUGUCUUGAGAUAAUGUGCUGGACAAAUAUGCCAUGUUUAACUCAGUAGACAUGUCAAUGAAUAAAUCUCUGGGUACUUGACUGUUCCUGCAUCUGUUUGGCUAGCGUAAAGCAGAUCCAGGCUGGCUUCCAGGCUAUCCCAAUCUUCGUAAACUGCCAUCACUGAUUAGUCUAUGGUUGAGUGGUUUUUACUUAACGUAGUCGUAGGGGCAUGUUUGAAUACACAGUAGGUCACGUGCCAGUUUGCUAGUGAUAGCCUAGUUAGGGUGUGUGUGUCGUGUGUGUCGCUGGCAAUGUCCUCGAUAGCUGAGCUGAGCUAGCCCGUGACUGUGCUAGGUUUGUCUGGGUCAGUAUUGAGCUGCCAUUGGGAAAACGUGCUUCUCUGUGUCUCAUCCUCGUGCCUCUGCUGCCUCACAUGUAGAGACUGGGAUUGGCAUUGGGAUUGUACAUUCAUAUCGGGUGUGAUCGUUAGUAUCUCAUUUGCAGCCCACCUUUGCAUGCGAUCGGUCAAUUCAGGUUAUAAGGCCACAUUUCUUUCACACAGUCAAGCCCCAGGCUCCAUUGGAUUUAAUAUAUUUUUUUUACAUUCACUAGAAUUGCUUUAAAUGUUAUGCUCAGAGACUAGUUUAUUUUAUCCAGCAAAAACAUAUGCUGCCAGAACAGCAGUGCGGUGAAAUGGAAUGAUGUUCUUCAAACAGAUCAGUGAGUGGAUAGAUGAAAGCCCAAAGGCAUUGUUAGAACACAAUGACAACGUCAUGCAGGAGAAAACUAUUAUAUGCACAUAUUUAAUGUUUUCACUGUCAGAAUUUAAUAAUUUAUUAGUGUCAUAUUGCAAUAUUUAUGUACGUAUAUGAAAAAAAUACUUCAAACUUGAACUUGAAAAUAUGAUGACAUUUCAUCUAAAAAUGUUCUUGUCAGUUAUGCUGACAAGAAAUCCAGUGUCCAAUACCAUAUAUGCCCUGAUGUAUCAACUCUCUCUGACUCUGUGCUUUUUACCCCUCCCUCCCUCCUUCCCUCCCUCCAUAGCUAAGGAAUAAGUUCAUGAAAAAGAUCCCUAGAGAUGCUGAGGCAUCUAAUGUUCUGGUGGGUGAAGUGGACUUCCUGGAUAAGCCCUUUGUAGCCUUUGUCCGCCUGGCCCAGGCCACCACUCUGGGAGGACUGACAGAGGUUCCUGUGCCCACCAGGUAAUGAGUUGCCUGCCUGUCUGUCUGUUGUCUGUUUGCUUGUCUGUCUGUCUGUCUGUUGUCUGUCUGCCUGCCUGCCUGCCUGCCUGCCUGCCUGCCUGCCUGCCUGCCUGCCUGCCUGCCUGCCUGCCUGCCUGUUUGUCUGUUUGUCUGUCUACCUGCCUGCCUGUCUGUCUGUCUGUCUGUCUGUCUGUCUGUCUGUCUGUCUGUCUGUCUGUCUGUCUGUCUGUCUGUCUGUCUGUCUGUCUGUCUGUCUGUCUGUCUGUCUGUCUGUCUGUCUGUCUGUCUGUCUGUCUGUCUGUCUGUCUGUCUGUCUGUCUGUCUGUCUGUCUGUCUGUCUGUCUGUCUGUCUGUCUGUCUGUCUGUCUGUCUGUCUGUCUGUCUGUCUGUUUGCCUGUCUGUCUGCCUGUCUGCCUGUCUAUCUGUCUGCCUGACACAUAUUACCAGGGUCGGCUCUAGUGUCCAGACACAUAUUACCAGGGUCGGCUCUAGCGUCCAGACACAUAUUACCAGGGUCGGCUCUAGCGUCCAGACACAUAUUACCAGGGUCGGCUCUAGUGUCCAGUCACAUAUUACCAGGGUCGGCUCUAGCGUCCAGACACAUAUUACCAGGGUCGGCUCUAGUGUCCAGACACAUAUUACCAAGGUCGGCUCUAGCGUCCAGACACAUAUUACCAGGGUCGGCUCUAGCGUCCAGUCACAUAUUACCAGGGUCGGCUCUAGCGUCCAGACACAUAUUACCAGGGUCGGCUCUAGCGUCCAGACACAUAUUACCAGGGUCGGCUCUAGCGUCCAGACACAUAUUACCAGGGUCGGCUCUAGUGUCCAGACACAUAUUACCAGGGUCAGCUCGGCUCUUUUACCCGCUACUCUUUUCUGUCUAUCGUUCUAGCUGUCUGUCUGUCUGUCUGUCUGUCUGUCUGUCUGUCUGUCUGUCUGUCUGUCUCUUUCUCUCUGUUCUUUGUAUCUGUUCUUAUGCCCUUGCAGGCACAUAUUAUUACAUUUUGUGAGCCAUUGUUGAGCUGUCUUUUUCCCCACACUACCACAGAUUCCUGUUUAUUCUGUUGGGGCCCACAGGAAAAGCCAAGUCCUAUAAUCAGAUCGGUCGAGCCAUAGCUACCCUAAUGGUGGAUGACGUAAGUGUCUGUCAAUGUUUCUUUCUUUUCAUGUAUAUAGAUGACAUUACAGAUGACAUGGAAAUACAGGCUUGAUGGUCUGUUAACUUGAGUCAGCCAGAACUCCACAUAGUGAUAAUGAGGCCUCCAUGGCUUUCUGUUGGUACCAGUCAGCCUCUCGUUAGCUAAAUAUCAUGGACAUAAAUGUUUUAUGUUAUACAGGCAACAGCCUGUUGUUUCCCAUAAUAGACUGGCAGGUGUUUUGAACAGAGUCCCACCACGGUCAUAAAUUAAGAAUAGUUCCCUGGGUAUGCAUCCCAUUACUUCAUGAGGAGACAGGUCAGGACCUUGUAUCAGAUACUGCAGUGCAUAGUAAUAACUAUCUCACCCUGUUCUCUCUCUCCUAUCCUGCUCUCUCGCUCUCUCCUCUCUCUCUCUCGGCACCUCUCUCUCGUCUCUCUCUGUCUCUCUCUCUCUCUUUCUCUCUACUCUGUCCUCUUCUUCUCUCCUCUUCUCUCUCUCGUGGUCCCUCUCUCCUCUCUUCUCUCUCUCUCUCUCUCUCUCUCUCUCUCUCUCUCUCUCUCUCUCUCUCUCUCUCUGUCUCGCAUUCUCUCCCUAGCUAUUCAGUGAUGUGGCGUACAAGGCUAGAGAUCGAGAAGAUCUGAUUGCAGGUAUAGAUGAGUUCCUGGAUGAGGUGAUCGUGCUGCCGCCUGGAGAGUGGGACCCCAAAAUACGUAUCGAGCCCCCUAAAAAAGUGACCUCGGCUGACAAGAGGUUGGACUCUAGUCAUUUCCCCAUACUUAAUAAUAAUACAUUGUAUUUUUUGAUAGCGCUUUUCUAAAACCCAAAGACACUUGAAUUUUCAAGAGUCAACUCUGAGACCCAGUUGUGGCGGUCCAGUCUGUCAUCAUCACUUCCUAUACCUCUCUUCUCCACCGGUGUGUACUUCCUGUUUCCUGUGUGUACAGGAAGUCAGUGUUCUCUCUGAAUGAGCUGGGUCAGCCGAACGGUACGGCGGGAGGAGGUGGAGGCCUCGCUGAGGAUGAGGAGAUGCCAGUGGCUCACGAACUGGGAGAGGAGCUGGCACACACUGGGAGGUAGGCUACUGCGUGGGAAUGUAUGUUAGGAGACUAGGAAGUAUGAUAACGUGAGAGAAACUGGGUCUGAACUGGGAUAAGAGAGGAAGACUACUGAAUGAAUUGAGAUGUGAGGUAGAGUACUAGAGUGGAACUGGAACCUUUAGCUGGCCUUUACACAGAGCUGGGUUGCUGGGACAACCUAUUAGUAUUCAAGGGACAUUGCAUCUAAAUGUGCUUUAAAAUGUCCUGUCUCUUGUUAAUUCACAUUUGGAACAUUCACUCACUCAGGAGUGAUGAAUAAAGUGACUGGUCAGGCGGUCAGGAUAGCCAAGAUAAUCGCCUCUCCUUUUCUCAUCGGCCCGAUAUUAUUGUAUUAAAUCAUCAGUGGUUCAGUUGGCCCAUCCUGUCACACCGUGAAACGACAGACAUACUGAAACGAAGUGACUCAGUGAUGCAUUAAAUAGAUGAUAAUACGUUUUAAACAGAGCGUGUGCGGCAUCAUAACCAGAGUGUUUGUGUCAGUGACAAGCACUUUGUAACAAUUGUGGAUAUAAAUCGGGCUUUAUAAAUAUAUUUGAUUGAUUGUCUGUGUCUGUGGCAGGUUCUGUGGUUACCAGUUUGUCGGUUUUUGUGUCUGUGGCAGAUUCUGCAUCAUAACCAGAGUGUUUGUGUCUGUGUUAGGUUCUGUGGUAACCAGAGUGUUUGUGUCUGUGGCAGGUUCUGUGGUAACCAGAGUGUUUGUGUCUGCGCCUGUGGCUGGUUCUGUGGUAACCAGAGUGGUUGUGUCUGUGGCAGUUUCUGCAUCAUAACCAGAGUGUUUGUGUCUGUGGCAGGUUCUGUGGUAACCAGAGUGUUUGUGUCUGUGUCUGUGGCAGGUUCAGUGGUAACCAGAGUGUUGUGUAUAAUCGGUGUUAGUUAUGUGGUAACCGUGUGUUUGGUCUGUGCCUGUGGCUGGUUCGUGGUAACCAGGUUGUGGUUUGUGUCUGUGGCAGGUUCUGCGUCAUAACCAGAGUGUUUGUGUCUGUGUUAGGUUCUGUGGUAACCAGAGUGUUGUGUUGUUGCCUGGUAGUUAUGUGGUAACCAGGUGUUUGGUCGCUGGCCUGUGUUCGGUUCUGUGGUAACCAGUGUGUUUGUGGUCUGUGCCUGUGGCUGUUCAGUGGUAACCAGAGUGUUUGUGUCUGUGGCAGGUUCUGUGGUAACCAGAGUGUUUGUGUCUGUGGCAGGUUCUGUGGUAACCAGAGUGUUUGUGUCUGUGGAAGUUCUGUGGUAACCAGAGUGUUGUCUGUGGGGUUCGCAUAACCAGAGUGUGUUUGUGUCUGUGCCUGUGGCAGGUUCAGUGGUAACCAGAGUGUUUGUGUCUGUGGCAGGUUCUGGUCUAACCAGAGUGUUUGUGUCUGUCGCCUGUGGUUAGGUUCGUGGUAACCAGAGUGUUUGUGUCUGUGGCAGGUUCUGCUUAACCAGAGUGUUUGUGUGCGCUGUGGCAGGUUCUGUGGUAACCAGAGUGUUGUGUCUGUGGCUGGUUCUGUGGUAACAGGUGUUGUGUCUGACGCAGGGUGUUCUGUGUAACCGAGUGGUUGUGUCUGUGCGUUAUGGCCUAACCAGGUGUUUGUGUCUGUGGCGGUUCUGUGUAACCAGAGUGUUGUGUCGUGUCUGUGGCAGGUUCGUGUAACCAGAGUGUUUGUGUCUAUGUUGUGUCUGGUUUGUGGUAACCAGUGUGUUUGUGUCUGUGCCUGUGGCUGGUUCAGUGGUAACCAGGGUGUUUGUGUCUGUGGCAGGUUCUGCGUCAUAACCAGAGUGUUUGUGUCUGUGGCUGGUUCUGUGGUAACCAGAGUGUUUGUGUCUGUGUCUGUGGCAGGUUCAGUGGUAACCAGAGUGUUUGUGUCUGUGUCUGUGUUAGGUUAUGUGGUAACCAGUGUGUUUGUGUCUGUGCCUGUGUUAGGUUAUGUGGUAACCAGUGUGUUUGUGUCUGUGCCUGUGGCUGGUUCAGUGGUAACCAGAGUGUUUGUGUCUGUGGCAGGUUCUGUGGUAACCAGAGUGUUUGUGUCUGUGGCAGGUUCUGUGGUAACCAGCGUGUUUGUGUCUGUGGCAGGUUCUGUGGUAACCAGAGUGUUUGUGUCUGUGGCAGGUUCUGCAUCAUAACCAGAGUAUUUGUGUCUGUGCCUGUGGCAGGUUCAGUGGUAACCAGAGUGUUUGUGUCUGUGGCAGGUUCUGCGUCAUAACCAGAGUGUUUGUGUUUGUGUCUGUGGCAGGUUCAGUGGUAACCAGAGUGUUUGUGUGCGUGCCUGUGGCUGGUUCUGUGGUAACCAUAGUGUUUGUGUCUGUGCCUGUGGCAGGUUCAGUGGUAACCAGAGUGUUUGUGUCUGUGGCUGGUUCUGUGGUAACCAGAGUGUUUGUGUCUGUGGCUGGUUCAGUGGUAACCAGAGUGUUUGUGUCUGUGCCUGUGGCAGGUUCAGUGGUAACCAGAGUGUUUGUGUCUGUGCUUGUGGUUGGUUCUGUGGUAACCAGAGUGUUUGUGUCUGUGGCAGGUUCUGUGGUAACCAGUGUGUCUGUGUCUGUGUCUGUGGCAGGUUCUGUGGUAACCAGUGUGUCUGUGUCUGUGCGUGUGGCAGGUUCUGUGGUAACCAGAGUGUUUGUGUCUGUGCGUGUGGCAGGUUCUGUGGUAACCAGAGUGUUUGUGUCUGUGCGUGUAGCAGGUUCUGUGGUAACCAGUGUGUCUGUUUCUUUGUCUGUGUCUGUGGUAAGUUCUGCAUCAUAACCAGAGUGUCUAUGGCAGGUUCUGUGGAGGUCUGUUCCUUGACAUCAAGAGAAAAAUGCCCUGGUUGCUUAGUGACUUCUACGAGGGCUUUCACAUCCAGUCUAUCUCUGCUGUGCUGUUCAUCUACCUGGGCUGCAUCACCAAUGCCAUCACCUUCGGAGGCCUGCUGGGGGACGCCACAGACAACUACCAGGUUGGGCUGAUUUAGCCUGAAAUCCAGAACUGUUUUGUGUUACCAUUCCACCCGUUGUACUCCGUGUCAUAUGCCAAUAUGUUUGGCAUAUCACAAAGUACAAUGAGUGGAAUGUUAGCACAAACAGACUGGUACCCAGGUUAGGGCUGAUAACCCUCCAAUUAAUCCAUAUUUAGUUAAUUUACUCUGAUUCAAAUCCUAAUUUUCUGAGUUGAUGAUUUCCAAAUGAGACAAAAAAAAUGAUGGUAGCUAACUUACUCUAGCAGGUGCUAUAUGUACACUACCAGUCAAAAGUUUGGACACACCUACUCAUUCAAGGGUGUUUCUUUAUUUGUACUAUUCUUUACGUUGUAGAAUAAUAGUGAAGACAUCAAAACUAUGAAAUAACACAUAUGGAAUCAUGUAGUAACCAAACAAGUGUUAAACAAAUCAAAAUAUAUUUUAUAUUUGAGAUUCUUUAUUGGCACAGGAAACAUAUAUUUACAUUGUCAAAGCAAGUGAAAUAGAUAAUAAACAAAAGUGAAAUAAUCAAUAAAAAAUGAACAGUAAACAUUACACUCACAUCAACAUAAAUAUGGGUUGUCUAUGUCUCUCUCUCUCUCUCUGUCUCUCUCUCUCUAUCUCUAUCUCUCUCUCUUUCUCUGUCUCUCUCUCUCUCUCGCUCUCUCACACACUACCCUCUCCCCCACCUGCCCUCUCUCGCUCUCUCUGUUUCAGGGUGUGAUGGAGAGUUUCCUGGGCACAGCGUUGUCAGGAACAGUAUUCUGUCUGUUUAGUGGCCAGCCCCUCAUCAUCCUCAGCUCUACUGGACCCAUCCUCAUCUUUGAGAAACUGCUCUUUGAAUUCAGCAAGUGAGCGAGCUCAACCCCACCCCAGUUCACAAUCAGACACUGUAGUGUUGUCACGAUCGCUUACAGACGGGACGGACCAAGGCGCAGCGUGAUAUGCAUACAUGUUUAUUAAAUAUUACACACAACGACAAAAUAACAAACAAAACGAAACGUGAAGUCCAAGGCAGCACAACACAACAUACCUUACACGGAACAAGAUCCCACAACCCACUAGUGCCAAUAGGCUGCCUAAGUAUGGUCCCCAAUCAGAGACAAUGAGCGACAGCUGCCUCUGAUUGGGAACCACACCGGCCAACAUAGAUCUAGACAUACUAGAACUACAACAUAGAAAUACACAACAUAGAAACUACACACCCUGACUCAACAGAUACGAGUCCCCUGAGUCAGGGCGUGACAGUACCCCCCCCCCCCCAAAGGUGCGGACUCCGACCGCGCAACAUAAACAUAACAGGGUAGGGGCCGGGUGGGCAUUCCGCCUCGGAGGCGAAUCCGGCUCAGGGCGUGACGACCUCUCACUCUUCGCCUCCCUGUUGCGCCCCUGGUCUGGUCUAGACCUCGGCGCGUUGCUUCCCCUCUCCUUCCUCCCACUAUACUCCAAGCCCUGUCUGGACCCUGGUGUGGGAGACCCCGAACCUGGAGAGGGGCUGACGUCUGGGUCUGGACUGGAGCCGCUGACCGGAGCUGGACCGGGCACCGGUGGAGCGGACUGCUCAGACUCCGGACUGGAGCCGCUGACCGGAGCUGGUCUAGGCACCGGUGGAGCGGACUGCUCUGGCUCCGGAGUGGAGCCGCUGACCGGAUCUGGACUAGACCCCGGUGGAGCGGACUGCUCUGGCUCCGGAGUGGAGCAGCUGACCGGAGCUGGAUCAGGCACCGGUGGAGCGGACUGCUCUGGCUCCGGAGUGGAGCCGCUGACCGGAUCUGGACUGGACCCCGGUGGAGCGGACUGCUCUGGCUCCGGAGUGGAGCAGCUGACCGGAGCUGGAUCUGGCACCGGUGGAGCGGACUGCUCUGGCUCUGGAGUGGAGCCGCUGACCGGAUCUGGACUAGACCCCGGUGGAGCAGACUGCUCUUUCUCCGGAGUGGAGCAGCUGACCGGAGCUGGAUCUGGCACCGGUGGAGCGGACUGCUCUGGCUCCGGAGUGGAGCCGCUGACCGAAUCUGGACUAGACCCCGGUGGAGCGGACUGCUCUGGCUCCGGAGUGGAGCCGCUGACCGGAGCUGGAUCAGGCACCGGUGGAGCGGACUGCUCUGGCUCCGGAGUGGAGCCGCUGACCGGAUCUGGACUUGACCCCGUUGGAGCGGACUGCUCUGGCUCCGGAGUGGAGCAGCUGACCGGAGCUGGAUCAGGCACCGGUGGAGCGGAUUGCUCUGGCUCCGGAGUGGAGCCGCUGACCGGAUCUGGACUGGACCCCGGUGGAGCGGACUGCUCUGGCUCCGGAGUGGAGCAGCUGACCGGAGCUGAACUGGGCACCGGUGGAGCGGACUGCUCUGGCUCCGGAGUAGAGCAGCUGACCGGUGCCGAACCAGGCACUGGUGGAACAGGCACGGGCCGUGCCGGGCUGGACACACGCACCACUUGCUUGGUGCGAGGAGCAGGAACAGGCCGGGCCGGGCUUGCGACGUGCACCACUGGCUUGGUGCGAGGGGCAGGAACAGGCCGGGCCGGGCUGGCGACGCGCACCACUGGCUUGGUGCGAAGAGCAGGAACGGGCCGGAACGGACUGCGAAGGCGGACUGGAGGUCUGGAGCGGAGAGCUGGCACAACCCGUCCUGGCUGGCUGCCCACUUUCACACUACACGUGCGGGGUGCUGGCACAGGACGCACUGGGCUGUGCACGCGCACUGGCGAUACAGCUCGUAGAACUGGCACAGGAUACGCGGGACCGAGGAGGCGUACUGGAGACCUGGAGCGUUGAGCCGACACACCCCGUCCUGGCUGGAUGCCCAUCUUCGCACGGCACGUGCGUGGUGCAAGCACAGGACGUACAGGACUGUGCCGGCGCACUGGCGACACAGUACGUAGCUCCGCAUGACAUGGAGCUUGCCCAGUCAUACGCCUUCUCGCGUGAGUACGGGGAAUUGGCUCUGCUCUAACCCUAGGCUCCGCCAACCACCCUCUUAGCCCCCCCACAUUUUUUUAUUGGGGCUGUCUCUCGGGCUUCUUCCUCGACCGGCUUCCUCUGUGCUGCCGUUGCUCCUCUCCUGCCUGGGCAUCUACCUUUGCCCAUGGCCCUUUCCCCACAAAUAUCUCCUCCCAUGACCACCAUUUGCCCACCUGUGACAUGGCAAUUCGCUCUUCCUGGGCACGCUGCUUGGUCCUCGUUUGGUGGGAUCUUCUGUCACGUUCGUUCAUGAACGAGAAGGACCAAGGCGCAGCGUGAUAUGCGUACAUGUUUAUUAAAUAUUAAACACAACGACAAAAUAACAAACAAAACUAAACCUGAAGUCCAAGGCAGCACAACACAACAUACCUUACACGGAACAAGAUCCCACAACCCACUAGUGCCAAUAGGCUGCCUAAGUAUGGUCCCCAAUCAGAGACAACGAGCGACAGCUGCCUCUGAUUGGGAACCACACCGGCCAACAUAGAUCUAGACAUACUAGAACUACAACAUUGAAAUACACAACAUAGAAACUACACACCCUGACUCAACAUAUACGAGUCCCCUGAGUCAGGGCGUGACAAGUGUAUAUGUAGUAUUUCAAUACAUAUGGUUCCUCCUCUUGAUUUGAAUGAGAAUUCAAACAACACGCACAUCAGACAUUUAUAUGAAUGGCACAAUGUUGAGAUAAGAUUUUAUGUGUCAUAUUGGAGAGUGUGUGUCCAUUCCAUCUUCAUAAAAAGACUGUUCUGCCUUCCACGUUCUGCCCUGUAUCCAUAAUUCCAUGUACAUGUUCUUAUUUCUAAGGAACAAUGGUAUAGACUACAUGGAGCUGCGUCUGUGGAUCGGGAUCCACUCCUGUAUCCAGUGCUUCCUCCUGGUCGCUACGGAUGCCAGCUACAUCAUCAAGUACAUGACCCGCUUCACAGAGGAGGGCUUCUCCAGUCUAAUAUCCUUCAUCUUCAUCUCUGACGCCAUCAAGAAGAUGGUGGGUCUCACACACGCACGCGGGAACGCACACACACGCACGCAGCCGAGUACACAUGCACGCAUGCAGGCACACACACACACACACUUAACUGUUGAUAUAAUGUGUUGCUACAGAUGGGCUCCUUCAAAUACUACCCCAUCAACACCGACUUCAAGCCCGACUACGUCACCGCCUACAAGUGCGAGUGCCUGGCCCCAGACCCCAGUGAGUCCAUCCUUGGCUGUAUAGAAUAUCAUUGCAGUGCAGAGUCCCCAGCAGAGGACAUAGGGGUUGUUAUAGGGUUGAAGAGGAUUGUGAUGGGGUUAUCAGGACCUAGUAACCUGGGUAACAGUCUGUUUAUGGAAUUGUCAUGCCAAACAUCUCAAACGUUUAACAGAAGUAGAAGUAGAAAUAGAAAUAGCACAAACAAAUGUGGGUAUAAACAGGACCUGGCUACUGCUAAGGGAUUUGGGGACACCAAGAAUAUAAGUAUGGUUUGGUAAUAUAAGGAUGUAUAAUACCUUUAUGCCUGUCUGGAGACGUUCAUUGCAUUGCGAAAUCUUAUAUUGCGAACGUUACGAGAGUUGACUGAAGAUACUUGACUACUGUAACUGAUUUGUCUCACGUUUGUUUUUGCUGCACACACAAAUGGCUGCUGUCUGAUGCAAGUGAGUAACACUUCCUGUGUAUGCAUGAGCUUCAACUAGCUGUUCUUUCUCUCUGUUUAAAGUCUCAAAGUCUACCUGUUGAAAUCUUAUUUUAUUUUGUAUUUCUCUUGUCCCCUGACUCUGCCCUCACCUCGUUUUCCCUCUCUGCACCUCAAUUUCUCCUUCAUUACCCUCCUCUCUCUGUCUGUCUCCCUUCUUCUAACUUAAACAGUGGCUUCAAUGAUCUUCAAUGGUUUAGUGCCAGUGCCAACUGAUAACACCUCUAGUCUCUUUGGAGUAAGUGGUUGUUUUCAUUCUAUUUCUAUUUUGUCAUGUCUUUUUAUGGAGAUGUUAGAACUGGUGUUAUGUUGUAAACACAACACACCAUGCUGAAUACCCUAAGGGCAUCUCAAUAUUUCAUUUUUUGACACAACAGACUUCCUAGUUGUUGUUUGUUUGAACUCAAAUGUCAAUGAUACUACGGAAAAAGCAGGAAUAUGACACUGAGCCAAGUGGGAACAAUUUGUUUAAAGAGUCUGACAUACAGCGGCUUGCGAAAGUAUUCACCCCCCUUGGCAUUUUUCCGAUUUUGUUGCCUUACAACCUGGAAUUAAAAUUGAUUUUUGGGGGGUUUGUAUCAUUUGAUUUACACAACAUGCCUACCACUUUGAAGAUGCAAAAUAUUUUUGAUUGUAAAACAAACAAGAAAUAAGACAAAAAACAGAAAACUUGAGCGUGCAUAACUAUUCACCCCCCCCCCCCCCCCCAAGUCAAUACUUUGAAGAGCCACCUUUUGCAGCAAUUACAGCUGCAAAUCUCUUGGGGUAUGUCUCUAUAAGCUUGGCACAUCUAGCCACUGGGAUUUUUGCCCAUUCUUCAAGGCAAAACUACUCCAGCUCCUUCAAGUUGGAUGGGUUCCGCUGGUGUACAGCAAUCUUUAAGUCAUACCACAGAUUCUCAAUUGGAUUGAGGUCUGGGCUUUGACUAGGCCAUUCAAAGACAUUUAAAUGUUUCCCCUUAAACCACUCGAGUGUCGCUUUAGCAGUAUGCUUAGGGUCAUUGUCCUGCUGGAAGGUGAACCUCCGUCCCAGUCUCAAAUCUCUCAAAAUUUAUAUUUAUAUUAUUAUUAUAAAUCUCUGGAAGACUGAAACAGGUUUCCCUCAAGAAUUUCCCUGUAUUUAGCGCAAUCCAUAAUUCCUUCAAUUCUGACCAGUUACCCAGUCCCUGCCGAUGAAAAACAUCCCCACAGCAUGAUGCUGCCACCACCAUGCUUCACUGUGGGGAUGGUGUUCUCGGGGUGAUGGCAGGUGUUGGUUUUCAUCUGACCAGAGUACCUUCUUCCAUAUGUUUGGGGAGUCUCCCACAUGCCUUUUGGCGAACACCAAACGUGUUUGCUUAUUUUUUUCUUUAAACAAUGGCUUUUUUCUGGCCACUCUUCCGUAAAGCCCAGCUCUGUGGAGUGUACGGCUUAAAGUGGUCCUAUGGACAGAUACUCCAAUCUCCGCUGUGGAGCUUUGCAGCUCCUUCAGGGUUAUCUUUGGUCUCUUUGUUGCCUCUCUGAUUAAUGCCCUCCUUGCCUGGUCCAUGAGUUUUGGUGGGCGGCCCUCUCUUGGCAUGUUUGUUGUGGUGCCAUAUUCUUUCAAUUUUUUAAUAAUGGAUUUAAUGGUGCUCCAUGGGAUGUUCAAAGUUUCUGAUAUUUUUUUAUAACCCAACCCUGAUCUCUACUUCUCCACAACUUUGCCCCUGACUGUUUAGAGAGCUCAUUGGUCUUCAUGGUACUGCUUGCUUGGUGGUGCCCCUUGCUUAGUGGUGUUGCAGACUCUGGGGCCUUUCAGAACAGGUGUAUACAGAUCAUGUGACACUUAGAUUGCACACAGGUGGACUUUAUUUAACUAAUUAUGUGACUUCUGAAGGUAUUUGGUUGCACCAGAUCUUAUUUAGGGGCUUCAUAGCAAAAGGGGUGAAUACAUAUGCACGCACCACUUUUCCCUUAUUGAUUUUUUUGAAAUAAGUAAUUUAUUUCAUUUCACAAAUUUGGACUAUUUUGUGUAUGUCCAUUACAUGAAAUCCAAAUAAAAAUCAAUUUAAAUUACAGGUUGUAAUGCAACAAAAUAGAAAAGGUUGUCAUACAACAAAAUAGGAAAAACGCCAAGGGGGAUGAAUACUUUUGCCAGGCACUGUAUGAGUCGGUUCAUUUUCUUUUUUUGUCUCCAUGUUGUUCUCUGGCACUCUCUUCCCUUUUAUUCUCUCUCUCUCUCUCUCUCUCUCUCUCUCUCUCUCUCUCUCUCUCUCUCUCUCUCUCUCUCUCUCUCUCUCUCUCUCUCUCUCUCUCUCUCGACAAACCUCACAUCCUCCCAUCCAUGCCAAUCGUUUUCUCUACACGUCACAUUUUUCUUCCACCUCUAAAACUGUGUCCCCCUCCAUCCCUCUCUCCUCCCAGUUAAACAUCACAGGCCUGGACUGGAGCCAGCUCAGUAAGAAGGAGUGUGUGAAGUACGGAGGCUCUCUGGUGGGCAACACCUGUAAGUACGUCCCAGACCUGGCCCUCAUGUCCUUCAUUCUGUUCUUCGGGACCUACUCCAUGACCGUCUCCCUCAAGAAGUUCAAGUUCAGUCGCUACUUCCCCACCAAGGUGAGACUAGAACGAACUGAAGAGGGGCUGGAUCUUUAUACAGUGACAUACAUGCUGCAUCACAAAUGGCAGCCUAAUGCAGCCACAGUUUCAUAUGUUUCAUUUAAGAAAUCUGUUCAAGUAUUCCCGUUAAUAAAAAAAAGACCUGAUUGUGUCUCAACGUAGUCAAGGUAUUAAAUUGUUGUUAUUUUCAAAUACAAUCAAUUUUUUGGGCUUAGUUGUGGUCAAUUUGCAGUAUACCAAUUAUUAUAAUUAUGUUCCGGCCCCUCGACCAUCCGCUCCAACAAAAAUCUGAUCUAUUCAAAACUCUCCAGCCAAUGGAAAAUACAAAUUCCUAUGGUCAUUUAGUAUACAUCUCCAUAGAGAUUGGGUGUAAAUAAGUGUAAUGACCAAAAUAUGUUUAUAUCUAAACUUUUGUAUACCAUUGUCUCCCCAAACUCCUCCUCCAUGUUUUUACUCCUGCUCUCUCUCUCUCUCUCUUUCUCAAUUCAAUUUCAAUUUAAGGGCUUUAUUGGCAUGGGAAAUGUAUGUUAACAUUGCCUUAGCAAGUGAAAUAGAUACUAAACAAAAGUGAAAUAAACAAAAAAUAUUAACAGUAAAUAUUACACUCAGAAGUUCCAAAAGAAUAAAGACAUUUCAAAUGUAUAAUUAUGUAUAUAUAUAUAUAUAUAUAUAUAUAUAUAUAUAUAUAUAGUGUUGUAACAAUGUGCAAAUAGUUAAAGUACAAAUGGGAAAAUAGUAUUUACAAUGGUGAUUUUCUUCACUGGUUGCCCUUUUCUUGUGGCAACAGGUCACAAAUCUUGCUGCUGUGAUGGCACACUGUGGUUUUUCACCCAGUAGAUAAGGGAGUUUAUCAACAUUUGGUUUGUUUUUCUUUCUUUCUUUUCUCUCUCUCUCUCUCUCUCUCUCUCUCUCUCUCUCUCUCUCGCUCUCUCUCUCUCUCUCUCUCUCUCCUCUCUCUCUCUUUUUCUCUCUUCGUUCUCUUAUCUCUGUCUCUCUCUCUGUCCUGUCUCUCUUCUCUCUUUUCUUUCUCUCAUCUCUCUCUGUCUGGCUCUAUCUUUUCUUCCUUUUCUCUCUCUGCUCUCUUUCUUUCUCUCUGUCUCUGUCUGUCUCUCUCUCUAUCUCUCUCUCUGUCUCCCCCUCUCUCUCUCUCUCUCUCUCUCUUUCUUUCGUUGUCUUGUCUGUCUGUCUGUCAUGUUCUGUCUGUCUGUCUUGUCUGUCUCUCUUCUCUCUUUCUCCUCUCUCUCUCUCUCUCUUCUCUCCUCUCUCUCUCUCUCUCCCUCUCUCCUCUCUCUCUCUCUCUCUCUAUCUCUCUUCUCCCUCUCUCUCUCCUCUCUAUCUCUCUCUCUCUACUCUCUCUUCUCUCUCUCUCUCUCUCUCUACUCUUGCUUCUCUCUCUAGCUGUCUCUCUCUGUCUAAUCUUUGUCUGUCUCUCUCCUCUCUUUUCCUUCUCUCUUCUCUCUCUGUCUGCUCUCUCCUUUUUUUACUUCCUUCUCCUUUCUCUCUCUCUCUCUCUUCUUUUCCUCUUCUCUCUCUCUCUCUUCCUAUCGCUUCUCUCUCUCUAGCCUCUCUCUCUCUCUCUCUCUCUCUCUCUCUCUCUCUCUUCUUUUUCUCUCUCUCUCUCUCUCUGUGUGUGUCUCCAGUGUCAAAUCCCAAACAGUGAACAAUGUUCCCUCCCUGAUCCUCAAUGUGCGUACUGACCUGAAAUGGCAUGUUCCUCACAAUAUUCUAUACCACCUAUAUUAAAGCUGAAUACAGCUUAUGAUUUUCAAUGCAUUUGAGAUGUUUUUAAUGUGUUUGUGUCUCUGCAUUUAUUUUAUUUGAGAGAUUAUCUGUUUCUCACUAGACUUGUUUUGUCUUUUUUGUCUUUGCUUUGUUCUCUGUCUCUGUGUCUGUCUCUUUGUCUGUCUGUGUCUCUGUCUCUGUCUCUGUGUCUGUAUCUGUGUCUCUGUGUCUGUCUCUGUCUGUGUGUCUGUCUGUGUCUCUGUCUGUCUGUGUCUCUGUUUCUGUCUCUGUGUCUGUCUGUCUGUGUCUCUGUCUCUGUGUCUGUCUCUGUCUCUGUGUCUGUCUUCUGUGUCUCUGUGUUUAUGUCUCUGUCUGUGUCUGUCUGUGGCUCUGUGUCUGUCUCUAUGUCUUUGUCUGUCUAUGUAUCUGUCUGUCUCUGUGUCUGUGUCUCUGUCUCUGUCUUUGUCUGUGUCUGUGUCUCUGUCUGUGUCUGUGUGUAUGUGUCUCUGUCUCUGUAUGUGUGUCUGUCUCUGUGUCUGUUUGUCUGUAUGUGUCUGUGUCUCUGUGUCUCUGUGUCUGUCUGUGUCUGUGUCUCUGUCUCUGUGUCUGUCUCUGUGUCUGUGUCUGUGUCUCUGUAUGUGUCUGUGUCUGUCUCUGUCUCUGUGUCUCUGUCUGUGUCUGUCUAUGUCUCUCUCUGUCUCUGUGUCUGUGUCUCUAUCUGUGUCUGUGUCUCUGUCUGUGUCUCUAUCUGUUUAUGUCUAUGUCUCUGUCUCUGUCUGUCUCUGUGUCUAUGUCUCUGUCUCUGUCUCUGUCUCUGUCUCUGUUUCUGUGUCUGUCUCUGUCUCUGUGUCUGUGUCUGUGUCUGUCUGUGUCUCUGUCUGUGUCUGUCUAUGUCUCUGUCUCUGUCUCUGUGUCUGUGUCUGUGUCUGUGUCUCUGUCUCUGUGUCUGUCUCUGUCUCUGUCUCUGUCUCUGUCUCUGUCUCUGUGUCUGUGGCUGUGGCUGUGUCUGUGUCUCUGUCUCUGUGUCUGUCUGUAUUUGUCUCUGUAUGUGUGUCUGUCUCUGUGUUUGUUUGUCUGUCUGUGUCUCUGUCUGUUUCUGUGUCUGUUUCUGUGUCUGUGUCUCUGUCUCUGUGUAUGUCUGUGUCUGUGUCUCUGUCUCUGUCUAUGUGUCUGUCUCUGUGUCUGUCUCUGUGUCUGUCUCUGUGUCUGUCUCUGUGUCUGUCUCUGUCUCUGUGUCUCUGUCUGUGUCUGUCUGUGUCUCUGUCUCUGUCUCUGUGUCUGUCUCUGUCUCUGUCUCUGUCUCUGUCUGUGUCUCUGUGUCUGUGUCUCUGUGUCUGUCUGUGUCUCUGUCUCUGUAUGUGUGUCUGUCUCUGUUUGUCUGUCUGUGUCUGUGUCUGUGUCUGUGUCUCUGUCUCUGUGUCUGUCUGUGUCUCUGUCUCUGUCUCUGUGUCUGUCUCUGUCUAUGUAUCUGUCUCUGUCUCUGUCUCUGUCUCUGUGUCUGUGUCUCUAUCUCUGUCUCUGUCUCUGUGUCUGUCUCUGUCUCUGUGUCUCUGUCUGUGUCUGUCUGUGUCUGUGUCUCUGUCUCUGUGUCUGUGUCUGUCUCUGUCUCUGUCUCUGUGUCUCUCUGUGUCUCUCUGUGUCUCUGUCUCUGUAUGUGUGUCUGUCUCUGUUUGUCUGUGUCUGUGUCUGUGUCUCUGUGUCUCUGUGUCUGUCUGUGUCUCUGUCUCUGUCUCUGUGUCUCUAUCUCUGUGUCUGUUUCUGUCUUUAUCUCUGUGUCUGUUUCUGUCUCUGUCUGUGUCUGUGUCUCUGUCUGUGUCUGUCUAUGUCUCUGUCUCUGUCUCUGUGUCUCUGUCUCUGUGUCUCUGUCUCUGUGUCUCUGUCUCUGUCUCUGUCUCUGUCUCUGUGUCUGUGUCUCUGUCUCUGUCUCUGUGUCUGUCUGUGUCUCUGUCUCUGUAUGUGUGUCUGUAUCUGUUUGUCUGUCUGUGUCUGUGUCUCUGUGUCUCUGUGUCUGUCUGUGUCUCUGUCUCUGUCGCUGUGUCUGUCUCUGUGUCUGUGUCUCUGUAUGUGUCUGUGUCUGUCUCUGUCUCUGUCUCUGUGUCUCUGUCUGUGUCUGUCUCUGUCUCUCUCUGUCUCUGUAUCUGUGUCUGUCUGUGUCUCUGUGUCUGUGUCUCUGUCUGUGUCUCUAUCUGUUUAUGUCUAUGUCUCUGUCUGUCUCUGUGUCCGUGUCUUUGUCUCUGUCUCUGUCUCUGUGUCUGUCUCUGUGUCUAUGUCUGUCUGUGUCUCUGUCUGUCUCUGUCUCUGUCUCUGUCUCUGUCUCUGUGUCUGACUCUGUGUCUGUCUGUGUCUCUGUCUCUGUCUCUGUCUCUGUCUCUGUCUCUGUCUCUGUCUCUGUCUCUGUGUCUGUGUCUGUGUCUGUGUCUCUGUCUCUGUGUCUGUCUGUAUUUGUCUCUGUAUGUGUGUCUGUCUCUGUGUUUGUUUGUCUGUCUGUGUCUCUGUCUGUUUCUGUGUCUGUUUCUGUGUCUGUGUCUCUGUCUCUGUGUAUGUCUGUGUCUGUGUCUCUGUCUAUGUGUCUCUGUGUCUGUCUCUGUGUCUGUCUCUGUCUCUGUCUCUGUGUCUCUGUCUGUGUCUGUCUGUGUCUGUCUUUGUCUCUGUCUUUGUCUCUGUCUCUGUCUCUGUGUCUGUCUCUGUCUCUGUCUCUGUCUCUGUCUCUGUCUGUGUCUCUGUGUCUGUGUCUCUGUGUCUGUCUGUGUCUCUGUCUCUGUAUGUGUGUCUGUCUCUGUUUGUCUGUCUGUGUCUGUGUCUGUGUCUGUGUCUGUGUCUCUGUGUCUGUCUCUGUCUCUGUGUCUGUGUCUGUGUCUCUAUCUCUGUCUCUGUGUCUGUCUCUGUCUCUGUGUCUGUGUCUCUGUCUGUGUCUGUGUCUGUGUCUGUCUCUGUCUCUGUCUCUGUCUCUGUCUCUGUGUCUCUGUGUCUCUCUGUGUCUCUGUCUCUGUAUGUGUGUCUGUCUCUGUUUGUCUGUCUGUGUCUGUGUCUGUGUCUGUGUAUGUGUCUCUGUGUCUGUCUGUCUGUGUCUCUUUCUCUGUCUCUGUCUCUGUCUCUGUCUCUGUGUCUGUGUCUCUAUCUCUGUGUCUGUUUCUGUCUUUAUCUCUGUGUCUGUUUCUGUCUCUGUCUGUGUCUGUGUCUGUGUCUCUGUCUGUGUCUGUCUACGUCUCUGUCUCUGUGUCUCUGUCUCUGUCUCUGUCUCUGUCUCUGUGUCUCUGUCUCUGUGUCUCUGUCUCUGUCUGUGUCUCUGUGUCUCUGUCUCUGUCUCUGUGUCUGUCUGUGUCUCUGUCUCUGUAUGUGUGUCUGUAUCUGUUUGUCUGUCUGUGUCUGUGUCUCUGUGUCUCUGUGUCUCUGUGUCUGUCUGUGUCUCUGUCUCUGUCUCUGUCUCUGUGUCUGUGUCUCUGUCUGUGUCUCUGUGUCUGUGUCUGUGUCUCUGUCUCUGUCUGUGUCUGUCUAUGUCUCUGUCUCUGUCUCUGUGUCUGUGUCUCUGUCUCUGUCUGUGUCUCUGUCUCUGUCUCUGUCUCUGUCUCUGUCUGUGUCUCUGUGUCUCUGUGUCUGUAUGUGUCUCUGUUUUUGUCUCUGUGUCUCUGUCUCUGUGUCUGUGUCUCUGUCUGUGUCUCUGUCUGUGUCUGUCUAUGUCUCUGUGUCUGUCUCUGUGUCUGUGUCUCUGUGUCUCUGUCUGUGUCUGUCUGUGUCUCUGUGUCUCUGUCUAUUUCUGUCUGUGUCUCUGUCUCUGUGUCUGUGUUUCUGUCUGUGUCUCUGUCUGUGUCUCUGUUUCUGUCUCUGUGUCUGUCUAUGUCUCUGUCUGUGUCUGUCUAUGUCUCUGUCUGUCUCUGUGUCUGUGUCUGUCUGUGUCUCUGUCUCUGUGUCUGUGUCUCUGUCUGUGUCUCUGUCUGUGUCUGUGUUUCUGUCUCUGUGUCUGUCUGUGUCUCUGUCUCGGUGUCUGUGUCUGUCUGUGUCUCUGUCUCUGUCUCUGUCUUUGUCUCUGUCUCUGUCUCUGUCUUCUGUGUCUGUGUCUGUGUCUCUGUGUCUGUGUCUCUGUGUCUUUCUAUGUGUCUGUCUCUGUGUCUGUGUCUCUGUCUAUGUCUCUUUGUGUGUCUGUGUCUCUAUGUCUGUGUCUGUCUCUGUGUCUCUGUAUGUGUCUGUGUGUGUGUCUGUGUGUGUAUGUGUCUCUGUCUCUAUCUGUGUGUCUGGCUCUGUGUCUGUCUGUGUCUCUGUCUGUGUGUCUGUGUCUGUCUCUGUUUCUCUGUAUGUGUCUGUGUGUGUGUCUGUGUGUGUAUGUGUCUCUGUCUCUAUCUGUGUGUCUGGCUCUGUGUCUGUCUGUGUCUGUGUCUGUGUCUCUGUCUGUGUGUCUGUGUCUCUGUCUCUGUCUGUUGCUCUGUCUGUGUGUCUGUGUGUCUGUCUGUGUGUCUGUCUGUGUGUCUGUCUGCGUGUCUGUCUGUGUGUCUGUCUGUGUCUCUGUCUGUUGCUCGGUCUUUGGCUUCUGUAAACAGCUGCGGAAGCUCAUCAGUGACUUCUCCAUCUUCAUGGCCAUAAUGACCUUUGUGGGUCUGGACAGGUUAAUUGGGCUCAAAACCCCCAAGCUCAUCGUUCCCACAGAGUUUAAGGUAAAGAAACAGGUUUCAUAUAUUAGUUUUGUUCCUGACCAUACCCUGGGCAUAAACCUAAUAUUGAGUGUAGAAAACAUUAUGAACACCUGCUCUUUCCAUGACAUAGACUGACCAGGUGAAUCCACGUGAAAGCUUUGAUCCCAUAUUGAUGUCACUUGUUAAAUCCACUUCAAUCAUGAAGUUUUUAAGCCUUGAGACAAUUGAGACAUGGAUUGUGUAUGUGUGCCAUUCAGAGGGUGAAUGGCCAAGACGAAAAAUGUAAGUGCCUUUGAACGGGGUUUGGUAGUAGGUGCCAGGCGCACCGGUUUGUGUCAAGAAUUGCAAUGCUGCUGGGGUAUUCACGCUCAACAGUUUCCCGUGUGUAUCAAGAAUGGUCCACCACCCAAAGGACAUCCAGCCAACUUGGAAAGCACUGGAGUCAACAUGGGCCAGCAUCCCCGUGGAACGCUUUCGACACCUUGUAGAGUCCAUGCCCCGACGAAUUUGACGCUGUUCUGAGGACAAAAGGGGUGUACAUGUUUGUGUUUGUCCUUUAAUCAAGGAAUGAUCAUUCUGACACUGUCAUUUACUGACUCCCUUUAGCCCACACGUCCAGACCGCGGUUGGAUAGUGCUGCCGUUUGGGAAGAACCCAUGGUGGGUGUAUGUGGCCAGCUUCGUCCCUGCUCUCCUGGUCACCAUCCUCAUCUUCAUGGACCAGCAGAUCAGUGCUGUCAUUGUCAACCGGAAGGAGAACAAACUGAGGGUACUCGGGUGUUUUUAUUGAUUUAUUUCACCUUUUUUAUCCCGGAAGUCCCAUUGAGGUCAGGUCUGGUUGCACUCUAUUAUAUACACAGCCAAGCCUGUCAUAGUGAAGACUUUGAUAACUAGUUUAACCUCAGCUUUUGGAGAACACAAUGGGCAUCACACAUGUUAUUUGCCAUGAUGAGCUAUUUAUAUUGGAGAUAAAACAUGUGCUUGUAAGAGUAGAAUCUAGUUCCUAGGCCCUUAAUUGGGCUCUGGUGUCAUGUUAGGGCCUACAGUGCAUACUUAAUGGGACAGUUACCUCAAUGACAUCCUGCAGUGUGAGUUCAUGUCCUACUCUACUCUGUGUGUCCCUCCCUGCAGAAAGGGUGUGGCUACCACCUGGACCUGUUCUGGGUGGGUGUGCUGAUGGCUGCCUGCUCCUUCUUGGGCCUGCCCUGGUAUGUGGCCGCCACUGUCAUCUCCAUCGCCCACAUUGAUUCACUGAAGAUGGAGAGUGAGUCCAGCGCCCCUGGGGAGCAGCCUCAGUUCCUGGGUGUCAGGUGAGGGAGCACAGAGAAGAAACAAUAGAGUGUGACUAUAGACCAGUGGUAUUCAAACAUUUUCAACUGGGACCCCAUUUUUUCCGCCAGAAUUUUGCGUGACCCCAAUCCACGUCAAAUGUAUUGGCACAACCUUAAAAUCUGUACAUUUCAAUUUUUACAUCAACAAAUAACCUUCAGUUCAUUACAUUUGAAUCUCUUAUCAAAAUGAAAAGAAACAAUAACUACAUGUACGCAAUAACAUUGUAUUUUUCUAGUUAUCUUUCUCAAAAACAUUUGUUCCCUCGGUCGCGACCCAGACUUUGAAUACCACUGCUAUAGAGGAUAUACAGGACAGGACAGGCAGAGCUUGUCGGCUGUCUGUUACAGAUGGAAAGGUUUGCUGGUAGUCAUCCUCUCUCUCUCUCUCUCUAUCUCUCUCUCAAUUCAAUUUCAAUUUCAAUUUAAGGGCUUUAUUGGCAUGGGCAACGUAUGUUAACAUUGCCAAAGCAAGUGAAGUAGAUAGUAAACAAAAGUGAAAUAAACAAUAAAUAUUAACAGUAAACAUUACACUCAGAAGUUCCAAAAGAAUAAAGACAUUUCAAAUGUCAUAUUAUGGAUAUAUACAGUGUUGUAACAAUGUACAAAUAGUUAAAGUACAAAUGAGAAAAUAAAUAAACAUAAAUAUGGGUUGUAUUUACAAUGGUGUUUGUUCUUCACUGGUUGCCCUUUUCUUGUGGCAACAGGUCACAAAUAUUGCAGCUGUGAUGGCACACUGUGGUUUUUCACCCAGUAGAUAAGGGAGUUUAUCAACAUUGGGUUUGUUUUCGAAUUCUUUGUGGAUCGCUGUAAUCUGAGGGAAAUAUGUGUCUCUAAUAUGGUCAUACAUUUGGAAGUGCAGCUCAGUUUCCACCUCAUUUUGUGGGCAGUGUGCACAUAGCCUGUCUUCUCUUGAGAGCCAGGUCUGCCUACGGCGGCCUUUCUCAAUAGCAAGGCUAUGCUCACUGAGUCUGUACAUAGUCAAAGCUUUCCUUAAGUUUGGGUCAGUCACAGUGGUCAGGUAUUCUGCCACUGUGUACUCUCUGUUUAGGGCCAAAUAGCAUUCUAGUUUGCUCUGUUUUUUUGUUUGUUCUUUCCAAUGUGUCAAGUAAUUCUCUUUUUGUUUUCUCAUGAUUUGGUUGGGUCUAAUUGUGUUGUUGUUGUUGUUGUUGUUGUUGUUGUCCUGGGGCUCUGUGGGGUCUGUUUGUGUUUGUGAACAGAGCCCCAGGACCAGCUUACUUAGAGGACUCUUCUCCAAGUUCAUCUCUCUGUAGGUGAUGGCUUUGUUAUGGAAAGUUUGAGAAUCACUUCCUUUUAAGUGGUUAUAGAAUUUAACGGCUCUUUUCUGGAUUUUGAUAAUUAGCGGGUAUUGGCCUAAUUCUGCUCUGCAUGCAUUAUUUCCUCCCGAGUGGCGCAGUGGUCUAAGGCACUGCAUCGCAGUGCUAGCUGUGCCACUAGAAAUCCUGGUUCGAAUCCAGGCUCUGCUGUAGCCGGCCGCAACCGGGAGACCAAUGGGGCGGCGCACAAUUGGCCCAGCGUCGUCCAGGGUAGGGGAGGGAAUGGCCGGCAGGGAGGUAGCUCAGUUGGUAGAGCAUGGCGUUUGCAACGCCAGGGUUGUGGGUUUGAUUCCCACGGGGGGCCAGUAUGAAAAUAAAAAAGAAUAAUGUAUGCACUAACUGUAAGUCGCUCUGAAUAAGAGCGUCUGCUAAAUGACGUAAAUGUAAAUGUAAAUUUGGUGUUUUACGUUGUACACAGAGGAUGUUUUUGCAGAAUUCUGCAUGCAGAGUCUCAAUUUGGUGUUUGUCCCAUUUUGUGAAUUCUUGGUUGGUGAGCGGACCCCAUACCUCACAACCAUGAAGGGCAAUGGGUUCUAUGACUGAUUCAAGUAUUUUUAGCCAGAUCCUAAUUGGUAGGUCAAAUUUGAUGUUCCUUUUGAUGGCAUUGAAGGCCCUUCUUGCCUUAUCUGGAAGAUCGUUCACAGCUUUGUGGAAGCUACCUGUGGCGCUGAUGUUUGUAUAGUUUUUUGUGUGCUCUAGGGCAACGGUCUCUAGAUGGAAUUUGUAUGGACCUUUUUUGAGACGCCAUUAUUUUUGUCUUCCUAAUGUUUACUUUCAGGGCCCUGGUCUGACAGAAUCUGGGCAGAAGAUCUAGGUGCUGCUGUAGGCCCUCCUUGGUUGGUGACAGAAGCACCAGAUCAUCAGCAAACAGUAGACAUUUUACUUCAGAUUCUAGUAGGGUGAGGCCGGGUGCUCUCUCUCUCUGUUUCUCUCUCUCUCUCUCUCUCUCUCUCUCUCUCGAUCGCUCUGUGUGUGUCUCUCUCUCUGUCUUUCUCUCACAGCAACUACAGUGUGAGGUGAUAGGAGGAUUUACACCUUCAGCUGAAGCUGCCAUUCAUUUUCACGGCUCUUACACACACACACACACACACACACACACACACACACACACUGCAAUACAUCUUCACAGCUUUUGGUUUGCCGUACAGCAUCAGGUGAAGAGGACAGGAAAAAUAAUUUGGGAGAAGUGCUGUUAACAGCCUUGCUAUUCUAUUCCCAUGUACCGUCAAAUCUUGGGUGAGAACCUCCUUCCCUCAGCCAGGGCAUUGAAAAUGGGUCGUGGAUGGGUAUUCCAGCAUGACAAUGACCCAAAACACACGGCCAAGGCAACAAAGGAGUGGCUCAAGAAGAAGCACAUUAAGGUCCUGGAGUGGCCUAGCCAGUCUCCAGACCUUAAUCCCAUAGAAAAUCUGUGGAGGGAGCUGAAGGGUCGAGUUGCCAAACGUCAGCCUCGAAACCUUAAUGACUUGGAGAAGAUCUGCAAAGAGGAGUGGGACAAAAUCCCUCCUGAGAUGUGUGCAAACCUGGUGGCCAACUACAAGAAACGUCUGACCUCUGUGAUUGCCAACAAGGGUUUUGCCACCAAGUACUAAGUCAUGUUUUGCAGAGGGGUCAAAUACUUAUUUCCCUCAUUAAAAUGCAAAUCAAUUUAUAACAUUUUUUACAUGUGUUUUUCUGGAUUUUGUUGUUGUUAUUCUUUCUCUCACUGUUCAAAUAAACCUACCAUUAAAAUGAUAGACUGAUCAUUUCUUUGUCAGUGGGCAAACGUACAAAAUCAGCAGGGGAUCAAAUACUUUUUCCCCUCUCUGUAUAUGUUGAAGAGGGUGGGGCUUAAACUGCAUCCCUGUCUCACCCCACGGCCCUGUGGAAAGAAAUGUGUGUGUUUUUUGCCAAUUUUAACCGCACACUUGUUGUUUGUGUACAUGGAUUUUGUAACGUCGUAUGUUUUUCCCCCAACCCCACUUUCCAUCAAUUUGUAUAGCAGACCCUCAUGCCAAAUUGAGUCAAAAGCUUUUUUGAAAUCAACAAAGCAUGAGAAGACUUUGCCUUUGUUUUGGUUUGUUUGUUUGUCAAUUAGGGUGUGCAGGGUGAAUACGUGGUCUGUCGUACAGUAAUUUGGUAAAAAGCCAAUUUGACAUUUGCUCAGUACAUUGUUUUCACUGAGGAAAUGAACUAGUCUGCUGUUAAUGCAGAGGAUUUUCCCAAGGUUGCUGUUGACGCAUAUCCCACGGUAGUUAUUGGGGUCAAAUUUGUCUCCACUUUUGUGGAUUGGGGUGAUCAGUCCUUGGUUCCAGAUAUUGGGGAAGAUGCCAGAGCUAAGGAUGAUGUUAAAGAGUUUAAGUAUAGCUAAUUGAAAUUUGUGGUCUGUAUAUUUUAUCAUUUCAUUGAGGAUACCAUCAACACCACAGGCCUUUUUGGGUUGGAGGGUUUGUAUUUUGUCCUGUAGUUCAUUCAAUGUAAUUGGAGAAUCCAGUGGGUUCUGGUAGUCUUUAAUAGUUGAUUCUAAGAUUUGCAUUUGAUCAUGUAUAUUAUUUUGCUGUUUGUUCUCUGUUAUAGGGCCAAAAAGAUUGGAGAAGUGGUUUACCCAUACAUCUCUGUUUUGGAUAGAUAGCUCUUCGUGUUGUUGUUUGUUUAGUGUUUUCCAAUUUUCCCAGAAAUGGUUAGAGUCUAUGGAUUCUUCAAUUACAUUGAGCUGAUUUCUGACAUGCUGUUCCUUCUUUUUCCGUAGUGUAUUUCUGUAUUGUUUUAGUGAUUCACCAUAGUGAAGGCGUAGGCUCAGGUUUUCUGGGUCUCUAUGUUUUUGGUUGGAUAGGUUUCUCAAUUUCUUUCUUAGGUUUUUGCAUUCUUCAUCAAACCAUUUAUCACUGUUGUUACUUUUCUUUGGUUUUCUGUUAGAGAUUUUUAGAUUUGAUAGGGAAGCUGAGAGGUCAAAUAUACUGUUUAGGUUUUCUACUGCCAAGUUUACAUCUUCACUAUUACAGUGGAACGUUUUGUCCAGGAAGUUGUCUAGAAUGGAUUGAAUUUGUUGUUGCCUAAUUGUUUUUUGGUAGGUUUCAACACUACUUUCCUUCCAUCUAUAGCAUUUCUUAAUAUUAUUCAGUUCCUUUGGCUUUGAUGCCUCAUGAUUGAGUAUUGCUCUGUUCAAGUAGACUGUGAUUUUGCUGUGGUCUGAUAAGGGUGUCAGUGGGCUGACUGUGAAUGCUCUGAGAGACUCUGGGUUGAGGUCAGUGAUAAAGUAGUCUACAGUACUACUGCCAAGAGAUGAGCUAUAGGUGUACCUACCAUAGGAGUCCCCUCGAAGCCUACCAUUGACUAUGUACAUACCCAGUGUGCGACAGAGCUGCAGGAGUCGUGACCCGUUUUUGUUGGUUAUGUUGUCGUAGUUGUGCCUAGGGGGGCAUAUGGGGGAGGGAAUGCUGUCACCUCCAGGUAGGUGUUUGUCCCCCUGUGUGCUGAGGGUGUCAGGUUCUUGUCCAGUUCUGGCAUUUAGGUCGCCACAGACUAGUACACGUCCCUGGGUCUGGAAAUGAUUGAUUUCCACCUCCAGGAUGGAGAAGCUGUCUUCAUUAAAGUAUGGGGAUUCUAAUGGGGGGAUAUAGGUAGCACACAGGAGGACAUUUUUCUCUGUUGAGAUAAUUUCCUUUUGAAUUUCUAACCAAAUGUAAAAUGUUCCUGUUUUGAUUAAUUUAAUAGAGUGAGUUAGGUCUGCUCUAUACCAAAUUAGCAUACACCCUGAGUCCCUUCCCUGUUUCACACCUGGUAGUUUGGUGGAUGGGACUACCAGCUCUCUGUAACCUAGAGGGCAACCAGUGGGUCCGUCUCCUCUAUACCAUGUUAUACCAUCUGUAUUUCCGAUUUCUUUGGAGAAGUCCAGAUUCCUGCUCUUUAGGCCAAAGGCAGAUGACCUCAGGCCUUGGAUAUUCCAGGAUGAAAUAGUGAAGGCUUUGUGUUCCAUAAAGUGUCUAAUGUUGUUGGUUGUUGGUCUCUCUCUCUCUCUCUCGCCUCUCUCUCUCUCUCUCUCUCUCUCUCUCUCUCUCUCUUCUCUAUCUCCCUCCUCUCUCUCUCUCUCUCUUUCUCUCUCUCUCUCUCGUACAGGGAGCAGAGACUGACAGGGAUUCUGGUGUUUGUUCUCACUGGAGUCUCCAUCUUCCUGGCUCCCAUUCUACAGGUCAGUCAAAUAUGAUAAUUUCCUCCGACCUAAACUAGGAUUAUGGAUGAAGGAUAACAGUGGCAGCGCCCCAAAUCUUACCCUAUUCCCUAUAUUGUGCACUACUUUUGACCAGAGACUUAUGGACCCUGGUCAAAAGUAGUGCACUGAACAAGGAAUAUGAUGCCAGUGUGUUUUCUAUACCACCAAAUGCCAUUACAAGGGAUCAACAGGAUUAUGUGUUGAUGUUGUCUAUGUAGUUUACAUGUGUGUUCUCCCUCUGGUCCACCCACAGUUCAUACCCAUGCCAGUGCUCUAUGGUGUGUUUCUCUACAUGGGCGUGGCAUCUCUCAGUGGCAUUCAGGUAUGCAUAGACCAGAAAACAAAGUCGACAAAUCAAAUCAAAUCAUGCAAUGCAAAUAGUCCGGGUCGCCAUUUCAUUAGCUGUUCAGGAGUCUUAUGGCUUGGGGGUAGAAGCUGUUUAGAAGCCUUUUGGACCUAGACUUGGCGCUCCGGUACCGCUUGCCGUGUGGUAGCAGAGAGAACAGUCUAUGACUAGGGUGGCUGGAGUCUUUGACAAUUUUUAGGGCCUUCCUCUGACACCGCCUGGUAUAGAGGUCCUGGAUGGCAGGAAGCGUGGCCCCAGUGUUGUACUGGACCGUACGCACUACCCUCUGUAGUGCCUUGCGGUCAGAGGCCGAGCAGUUGCCAUACCAGGCAGUGAUGCAACCAGUCAGGAUGCUCGUGAUGGUGCAGCUGUACAACUUUUUCAGGAUCUGAGGACCCAUGCCAAAUCUUUUUAUUCUCCUGAGGGGGAAUAGGCUUUAUCGUGCCCUCUUCAUAACUGUCUUGGUGUGUUUGGACCAUGAUAGUUUGUUGGAGAUGUGGACACCAAGGAACUUCAAGUUCUCAACCUGCUCCACUACAGCCACGUUGAUGAGAAUGGGGGCGUGCUCGGUCCUCUUUUUCCUGUAGUCCACAAUCAUCUCCUUCAUCUUGAUCACGUUGAGGGAGAGAUUGUUAUCCUGGCACCACACGGCCAGGUCUCUGACCUCCUCCCUAUAGGCUGUCUCAUCGUUGUCGGUGAUCAGGCCUACCACUGUUGUGUCGUCAGCAAACUUAAUGAUGGUGUUGGAGUCGUGUCUGGCCAUGCAGUCAUGGUUGAACAGGGAGUACAGGAGGGGACUGAGCACGCACCCCUGAGGGGCCCCUGUGUUGAGGAUCAGCGUGGCAGAUGUGUUGUUACCUACCCUUACCACCUGGGGGCGGCCCGUCAGGAAGUCCAGGAUCCAGUUGCAGAGGGAGGUGUUUAGUCCCAGGGUCCUUAGCUUAGUGAUGAGCUUUGAGGGCCCUAUGGUGUUGAACGCUGAGCUGUCGUCAAUGAAUAGCAUUCUCAUGUAGGUGUUCCUUUUGUCCAGGUGGGAAAGGGCAGUGUGGAGUGCAAUAGAGAUUGCAUCAUCUGUGGGUCGGUUGGGGCGGUAUGCAAAUUGGAGUGGGUCUAGGGUUUCUGGGAUGAUGUUGUUGAUGUGAGCCAUGACCAGCCUUUCAAAGCACUUCAUGGCUACAGACGUGAGUGCUACGGGUCGGUAGUCAUUUAGGCAGGUUACCUUAGUGUUCUUGGGGACAGGGACCAUGGUGGUCUGCUUGAAACAUGUUGGUAUUACAGACUCAGUCAGGGACAGGUUGAAAAUGUCAGUGAAGACACUUGCCAGUUGGUCAGCGCAUGCUCGGAGUACACAUCCUGGUAAUCCGCCUGGCCCUGUGGCCUUGUGAAUGUUGACCUGUUUAAAGGUCUUAUGGAGGGCGAGGGCGAGGGCGAGGGCGAGGGAGAGCUUUGUACGCGUCUCUGUGUGUGGAGUAAAGGUGGUCUAGAGUUUUUUUUCCUCUAGUUGCACAUUUAACUGGUGGUUUGUGUCAAAUCAAAGUCUCAUGGCAUGGGGUUCUUACUCCGGCAUGAAUUUGAAAUGUCAUUACAUUCUCUGUGAUGUGGUUAUUUUCCUUAUGAGAAUGUGUUUGUCUGGAGGGAAGGUAACUCUGUAUUCUAGAAGCAUCUAAGCAGCAAUUGGAGGUGCAUUUUGAUGAGGGUGUUAGCUAGGCUGCUCAGAGUAGAGCUAGGGGCUCAGUGGGGGGCUCAGUGAGUCUGUCUGGACCUGUGUGUGUGUGUGUGUGUGUGUGUGUGUGUGUGUGUGUGUGUGUGUGUGUGUGUGUGUGUGUGUGUGUGUGUGUGUGUGUGUGUGUGUGUGUGUGUGUGUGUGUGUGUGUGUGUGUGUGUGUGUGUGUGUGUGUGUGUGGCGGGUUCCAUGAAAGUAUAAACGGAAAUAUGUGACAACAAGCUUAUUGUCCUGAAUCCAUAAACAACUCUGUGUGGCUCGGUUGGUAGAGCAUGGAGCUUGCAAUGCUAGGGUUGUGGCCGUGGGUUUGAUUUGACCAACCAUAUGAAAAUGUAUGCACGCAUUACUGUAAGUCGCUUUGGAUAAAAGUGUCUGCUAAAUGGCAUAUAUUACUUGGAUAAAACCUCAGAAAUGGGAAUAAUGCAUGCAGUGAUGUGUGUGUGUGUUUUCAUUGUCCUCAUUGUGUCUCCCCGUCACUCCUCUGUAGUUCUGGGAGAGGAUCAAGUUGUACAUGAUGCCAUCCAAGUACCAGCCAGACUUCCCUUUCCUGCGUCAUGUGCCUCUGAGGAGGGUCCACCUCUUCACCCUGGUCCAGAUCAUCUGUCUGGCUGUCCUCUGGGUGCUCAAGUCCACCGUCCUGGCCAUCCUCUUCCCUGUUAUGGUAUUAUUCAUGACUCGCUUUUGAUUGGAACAAGCAUUAAUGCAGGGGUGUCAGACUCGUUCCAUGGAGGGCAGAGUGUCUGCUGUUUUUUGCUAUUUCCUUUCCAUUUGUGUCUAAUUAAGACCUAGACAAGCAGGUGAGGGGAGUUCUUACUAAUAAAUCACCUUAACUGAUCAGUCAAGUACAUGGGAGGAGCGAAAACUUGCAGACACUCAGCCCUCCAUGGAAUUAGUUUGACCCAUGCAUUAAUGCAUAAAAAAAUAUUACUUAGAUGUAUUACCAGCAGUCACAACGGCCGUGUUUCGGGAUACAUUUAAGCACCCAUCAACAUACAAAUGACCUGAUAGGAUGUAAAUGCUGGAUACUUAUGAAUCCAAGAUGGCGUAGCAGUGUGGUUGUGUUCUUUGUUGUGUGUCCGUGUAAAUAGCCAGUUUUUUUGUAUUUUUUGGUAUUUUUCGUACAUAUUUCACUAUCACACUUUUCAUCCGUCUACUAAAUAUACUUUCCUGCAACCCACCUCACUCAAUGUGGAACGGAUUCUAUUAUUUACUCACCUUUAUCUAGAAUCUCCAGUUGAAACUAGCUAGCCAGCUAACUAGCUACUUGCUAUUAGCCACCGUUAGCGGUUUUCACCCAGAACAUCUGAUUUUCUGCCGGAAUAACUGAAUCACUGGACCCUAACACCGGAUUGCAACUAGCUAGCCGCAACCGAAUGGAUGUUACUGUAGGCUAAUCACCACUGCCCCCGAAGCAAGCACCAGUUAGCCUUGAGCCAGGCCCAUAUCCUGGCUAUCUACCUCUUUGUUUACCGGACGGGAGUAGCCAGCUAACUAGCUACAGUGGGGAAAAUAAGUAUUUAGUCAGCCACCAAUUGUGCAAGUUCUCCCACUUAAAAAGAUGAGAGAUGCCUGUAAUUUUCAUCAUAGGUACACGUCAACUAUGACAGACAAAAUGAGAUUUUUUUUUUCCAGAAAAUCACAUUGUAGGAUUUUUAAUGAAUUUAUUUGCAAAUUAUGGUGGAAAAUAAGUAUUUGGUCAAUAACAAAAGUUUCUCAAUACUUUGUUAUAUAUCCUUUGUUGGCAAUGACACAGGUCAAACGUUUUCUGUAAGUCUUCACAAGGUUUUCACACAUUGUUGCUGGUAUUUUGGCCCAUUCCUCCAUGCAGAUCUCCUCUAGAUCAGUGAUGUUUUGGGGCUGUCGCUGGGCAACACGGACUUUCAACUCCCUCCAAAGAUUUUCUAUGGGGUUGAGAUCUGGAGACUGGCUGGGCCACUCCAGGACCUUGAAAUGCUUCUUAUGAAGCCACUCCUUCGUUGCCCGGGCGGUGUGUUUGGGAUCAUUGUCAUGCUGAAAGACCCAGCCACGUUUCAUCUUCAAUGCCCUUGCUGAUGGAAGGAGGUUUUCACUCAAAAUCUUACGAUACAUGGCCCCAUUCAUUCUUUCAUUUACACGGAUCAGUCGCCCUGGUCCCUUUGCAGAAAAACAGCCCCAAAGCAUGAUGUUUCCACCCCCAUGCUUCACAGUAUGUAUGGUGUUCUUUGGAUGCAACUCAGCAUUCUUUGUCCUCCAAACACGACGAGUUGAGUUUUUACCAAAAAGUUAUAUUUUGGUUUCAUCUGACCAUAUGACAUUCUCCCAAUCCUCUUCUGGAUCAUCCAAAUGCACUCUAGCAAACUUCAGACGGGCCUGGACAUGUACUGGCUUAAGCAGGGGGACACGUCUGGCACUGCAGGAUUUGAGUCCCUGGCGGCGUAGUGUGUUACUGAUGGUAGGCUUUGUUACUUUGGUCCCAGCUCUCUGCAGGUCAUUCACUAGGUCCCCCCGUGUGGUUCUGGGAUUUUUGCUCACUGUUCUUGUGAUCAUUUUGACCCCACGGGGUGAGAUCUUGCGUGGAGCCCCAGAUCGAGGGAGAUUAUCAGUGGUCUUGUAUGUCUUCCAUUUCCUAAUAAUUGCUCCCACAGCUGAUUUCUUCAAACCAAGCUGCUUACCUAUUGCAGAUUCAGUCUUCCCAGCCUGGUGCAGGUCUACAAUUUUGUUUCUGGUGUCCUUUGACAGCUCUUUGGUCUUGGCCAUAGUGUAGUUUGGAGUGUGACUGUUUGAGGUUGUGGACAGGUGUCUUUUAUACUGAUAACAAGUUCAAACAGGUGCCAUUAAUACAGGUAACGAGUGGAGGACAGAGGAGCCUCUUAAAGAAGAAGUUACAGGUCUGUGAGAGCCAGAAAUCUUGCUUGUUUGUAGGUGACCAAAUAUUUAUUUUCCACCAUAAUUUGCAAAUAAAUUCAUAAAAAAUCCUACAAUGUGAUUUUCUGGAGAAACAAAUUCUCAAUUUGUUUGUCAUAGUUGACGUGUACCUAUGAUGAAAAUUACAGGCCUCUCUCAUCUUUUUAAGUGGGAGAACUUGCACAAUUGGUGGCUGACUAAAUACCUUUUUUCCCCACUGUACUUGCUAUUAGCCACCGUUAGCGGUUUUCACCAUUGUCCGUGGCCUGCACUACCUACCAGCCAGCUCUAGCCUGGACUAUUAUCGGUCAGUCUGCACUGUCUGCACAGCGCAUUAUCGACCCAGAUCAUAUCGGAUUUUCUGCCAGAAUCACUAAAUCACUGGACCUUUAACACCUGAUCAUCGCAACUAGCUAGCUGCAACCAAUUGGAUGUUGUUGUUGGCUAAUCAGCCUUGAGCUAGCCUCGAGUUAGGCACAUCUCCCGGCUAUCUACCUCUCCGUCAACCGGACGGGACCUCCUAGAGUGGACACGGAGCCCCGCCGAUCCAUCACUACUGGUCUGCCGACGUAAUCGUCUGUGGUUUCAACAGGCUUCCCGUUGCAACGACCACGAAGAUCCAUCUGCUAGCCCCGGCCUGCUAGCACACGCAAACAACAGCCGUGCUUCCUGCUCGCUGUGCUUUAGCACCAAUUCGAACUGCUCUCGGACUCACAUAUUGCUGUUCACUGGACCUUAUGAUCACUCAGCUGCACAGCUAAUGCCUGCUGGACUGUUCCUUUACACGGUACCCUGUCCUGUUUAUCUCUUUAGCCUCAGCCCAAACUUUCAUCACCAUUACCAGUUGUUUUCUUAGCUCUCUCUAAUAACACCUGUGAUUGCUUUAUGCCUCUCUCCCAUGUCAAUAUGCCUUGCCUAUUGCUGUUCCAGUUAGUUCUUAUUAUACAAUUUCAGUAUAGAACCCCAAGUCAUUCUCAAACUGCCUCAAAUAGCUCCUUUGUUCCACCCCCCAUACACGCCGAGACCGGCUCAAUCGGUGCCUCCAGUGAUGCUAUCUCUUUCAUUGUUACCCAGCGCUUAGGUUUACCUCCACUGUACUCAUAUCCUUCCAUAUCCUUGUCUGUACAUAAUGCCCUGAAUCUAUUCUACAACGCCCGGAAAUCUGCCCCCUUUAUUCUCUGUACCCAACGCACUAGAAGACCAGUUCUUAAAGCCUUUAGCCGUAUCCUUAUUCUAGUCCUCCUCUGUUCUUCUGAUGAUGUAGAGGCUAACCCAGGCCCUGCAGCCCCCAGUAUCACUCCUACUCCCCAGGAGUUAUCAUUUGUUGACUUCUGUAACCCUAAAAGCCUUGGUUUUCUGCACGUUAACAUCAGAAUCCUCCUUCCUAAGUUUGAGUUAUUCACUGCGUUAGCACACUCCGCCAACCCUGAUGUUCUAGCAGUGUCUGAAUCCUGGCUUAGGAAGGCCACCAAAAAUUCAGAAAUGUCCAUCUCCCAACUACAACAUUUUCCGUCUAGAUAGAACUGACAAAGGGGGUGGAGUUGCAAUCUACUGUAGAGAUAACUUGCAGAGCUCUAUUGUACUGUCCAGGUCUGUGCCCAAACAGUCCACCUUUCCAGAAAAAAGUAUCUCACUGUUGCCGCUUGCUACAAACCCCCCUCAGCCCCCAGCUGUGCCCUGGACACCAUAUGUAAAUUGAGUUCGUACUGCUUGGUGACCUAAACUGGGAUAUGCUUAACACCCCGGCCAUCCUACAAUCCAAACUAGAUGCCCUCAAUCUCACACAAAUUAUCAAGGAACCUACCAGGUACAACCCUAAAUCCGUAAACAUGGGCACCCUCAUAGAUAUCAUCCUGACUAAUUUACCCUCUAAAUACACCUACGCUGUCUUCAACCAGGAUCUCAGCGAUCACUGCCUUAUUGCCUGCGUCCGUAACGGGUCCGCAGUCAAACGACCACCCCUCAUCAUUGUCAAACGCUCCCUAAAACACUUUAGCGAGCAGGCCUUCCUAAUUGACCUGGCCCAGGUAUCCUGGAUGGAUAUCGAUCUCAUUCCGUCAGUAGAGGAUGCCUGGUUGUUCUUUAAAAGUGCUUUCCUCUCAAUCUUAAAUAAGCAUGCCCCAUUCAAAAAAUUCAGAACUAAGAACAGAUAUAGCCCCUGGUUCUCCUCAGACUUGACUGCCCUUGACCAGCACAAAAACAUCCUGUGGCGUACUGCAUUAGCAUCGAAUAGCCCCCGCAAUAUGCAACUUUUCAGGGAAGUUAGGAACCAAUAUACACAAGCAGUUAGGAAAGCAAAGGCUAGCUUUUUCAAACAGAAAUGUGCAUCCUGUAGCACUAACUCCAAAAAGUUUUGGGACACUGUAAAGUCCAUGGAGAAUAAGAGCACCUCCUCCCAGCUGCCCACUGCACUGAGGCUAGGAAACACUAUCACCACCGAUAAAUCUACAAUAAUCGAGAAUGUCAACAAGCAGUUUGCUACAGCUGGCCAUGCUUUCCACCUGGCUCCCACUACCCCGGCCACCAGCUCUGCACCCUCCGCUUCAACUUGCCCAUGCCCCCCCACGCUUCUCCUUCACACAAAUUCAGACAGCUGAUGAUCUGAAAGAGCUGCAAAAUCUGGACUAGACAAUCUGGACCCUUUCUUUCUAAAAAUAGCAGCCGAAAUUGUUGCAACCCCUAUUACUAGCCUGUUCAACCUCUCUUUCGUAACGUCUGAGAUCCCCAGAGAUUGGAAAGCUGCCGCGGUCAUCCCUCUCUUCAAAGGGGGAGACACUCUAGAUCCAAACUGUUACAGACCUAUAUCCAUCCUGCCCUGCCUUUUGAACGUUUUUGAAAGCCAAGUUAACAAACAGAUCACCGACCAUUUCGAAUCCCAUCGUACCUUCUCCGCUAUGCAAUCCGGUUUCCGAGCUGGUCAUGGGUGCACCUCAGCCACGCUCGAGGUCCUAAACGACAUUAUAACCGUGAUCGAUAAUAGACAGUACUGUGCAGCCGUCUUCAUCGACCUGGCCAAGGCUUUCGACUCUGUCAACCACCGCAUUCUUAUUGGCAGACUAAAUAGCCUUGGUUUCUCAAAGGACUGCCUCGCCUGGUUCACCAACUACUUCUCAGAUAGAGUUCAAUGUGUCAAAUCGGAGGGCCUGUUGUCUGGACCUAUGGCAGUCUCUAUGGGGGUGCCACAGGGUUCAAUUCUUGGGCCGACUCUUUUCUCCGUGUAUAUCAAUGAUGUCGCUCUUGCUGCUGGUGACUCUCAGAUCCACCUCUACGCAGACGACACCAUUUUGUAUACAUCUGGCCCUUCAUUGGACACUGUGUUAACAAACCUCCAAACCAGCUUCAAUGCCAUACAACACUCCUUCCGUAGCCUCCAACUUCUCUUAAACACUAGUAAAACUAAAUGCAUGCUCUUCAAUCGAACGCUGCUGGCACCCGCCCACCCGACUAGAAUCACUACUCUCGACGGGUCUGACCUAGAGUAUGUGGACAACUACAAAUACCUAGGUGUCUGGUUAGACUGUAAACUCUCCUUCCAGACUCACAUUAAGCAUCUCCAAUCCAAAUUGAAAUCUAGAAUCAGCUUCCUAUUUCGCAACAAAGCCUCCUUCACUCAUGCUGCCAAACAUGCCCUCGUAAAACUGACUAUCCUACCGAUCCUUGAUUUCGGCGAUGUCAUUUACAAAAUAGCCUCCAACACUCUACUCAGCAAAUUGGAUGUAGUCUAUCACAGUGCCAUCCGUUUUGUCACCAAAGCCCCAUAUACUACCCACCACUGUGACCUGUACGCUCUCGUUGGCUGGUCCUCACUACAUAUUCGUCGCCAAACCCACUGGCUCCAGGCCAUCUAUAAAUCACUGCUAGGCAAAUCCCUGCCUUAUCUUAGCUCAUUGGUCACCAUAGCAACACCCACCCGUAGUAUGCGCUCCAGCAGGUGUAUCUCACUGGUCAUCCCCAAAGCCAACACCUCCUUUGGCCGCCAUUCCUUCCAGUUCUCUGCUGCCAAUGACUGGAACGAACUGCAAAAAUCUCUGAAGCUGGAGACUCUUAUCUCCCUCACUAACUUUAAGCAUCAGUUGUCUGAGCACCUUACCGAUCACUGUACUUGUACACAGCCCAUCUGAAAUUAGCCCACCCAACUACCUCAUCCCCAUAUUGUUAUUUAUUUUUCUAAUUUGCACCCCAGUAUCUCUAUUUGCACAUCAUCUUUUGCACAUCCAUCACUCCAGUGUUAAUACUAAUUGUAAUUAUUUAGCACUAUGGCCUAUUUAUUGCCUUACCUCCAUAACUUGCUACAUUCGCACACACUGUAUAUAUAUUUUCUGUUGUAUUUUUGACUGUAUGUUUUGUUUACCCCAUCUGUAACUCUGUGUUGUUGUUUUUAUCGCACUGCUUUGCUUUAUCUUGGCCAGGUCGCAGUUGUAAAUGAGAACUUGUUCUCAACUGGCUUACCUGGUUAAAUAAAGGUGAAAUAAAUAAAUAAAAAAUGCUGGUUACUUAUGAUGUAAAUGCUGGUUACUUAUGAUGUAAAUGCUGGUUACUUAUGAAGAGCUUUACUUGAAUCUUCUUUCGUGUUGAUGUUAUUUUCUUGUCCCAGAAGUUGAGGAUAGUGAUCAUGUGCUUGUGCGGCCAUCAGAUCCUGGGGUUGCUUGUGGUGCGUAAGAUGCUGGACAUGGUGUUCUCUCAACACGACCUGGCCUGGAUAGAUGAUAUCCUGCCUGGGAAAGACAAGAAAAAGGAGAAGAAGAAGAAGAAGGGUGAUAAAGAUGACAUGAAGAAGAAAGACAAGAAGAAAGGGAGAGCAGAAGACAGCGAAGACGAGGUGAGAAAUGUUAGGUUUUACUGUCACCAACUGGCUGAUUUAGAGAAAAACAAUCCUUGCUAAAUAAUGUAUUUCUGAUGGCUGUGUUUUGUGUGUGUGUGUGGGUGUGUUUGUUUUGUAUGUGUGUGCAUGUGUGUGUUUGUAUACAGGAAAAGUACCACGCGUACUCCAACUGCUCGCCCAGCUCUGAGUCUGACGUGGACCGCAGGUACUGUGUGCUCAAACUACACGUCCCCUACAGUGACCUCCUUCAGCCCGCUGACGCCCAGUCACAGUGGGCUGCUCACUGCCAGCCAGGCAAAUACUUCCCCUAAUUCAUAGAUUACAUAGACAUUAAACAUCAGCCUGGCAGAUAUAAGCAGACACAGAGAAACAUGCACGCACGCACACACACACACAGCAUCCAUAAUUCCACACAUAAUUUCUCACAGACACAGUAUUCCGUAGUGUUCUGUCAUGGCUGGGCUGAAGUAUAAGCUAUAUCUCAGAGAAUAUGCCUUCAUACCCUUCUCUCCAUGCACUUUAAUGCAAUGCAGAUGUUAUUUGAGGUUUGCUAAGCAGCCCUUGCUGCUAUUUUCCCUGCACUCCUAUGUGUUGCGUUAUGAAAACGAGUUGUGUAAUUUUGUGUCAAUGUGUCUCGAUAUGUGUACACACAUCACAGGCACAUGCAUGUGCAUAAUUCCAACACACUAGUCAUACACUAUUUCCUAUGUAUUCUUACAUCCUACUUUUAAGGCACUGGCUUGGUUUAUAUUCUGUAGAAAUGUGUGGCAUAUUUGAAUAGAUGAAUAAAAGUUUUACAUUCUAUCUGUAUGUAGCAGAUAGCAGUAUUUGAGAGUGAACAGUGUUUGGUGCACUGUGACCUCAUACCACAUGCAUCAGGCCUUUCUCCAAGUUUUUGGUUGUUUCUUUUUCCUCCGUGUGUUGUUGUAUGUACCCAAUAAUCUAGAAGUCUAUCGAUGGGUCCCAUUCACAAACACCACUGUUUUGUUCUUAGUUGUGUCUUCAUCCCGUAUAGUUGAAUAUUCCUCUCCCCUCUUUCCUUUUAGUCAUGUUAUCUGCAUGUUAUCUUUGACUCCUUAUAUCAAAUAGAAACUAUGAUCAAAUUCAUGUCUGCAUUGCUUUUAAGGAAGCAUGGUUCAGUAUAGGCCUACAUAUUUGCUAAUAAUUUUUCUGAAGACUGUGAAAUUAGCAGAGGGGAAACUGCAACAUAAGGAGAAUGUUUGUUUCUUUUACUGUUAGUUUUGCAUUUAUGCUUCACAAACUGUGCGUUGCAUUCCUCCCCACAUCUCACAUUCCCCAUAGGGUGCGAACUAAACCGCAGAAAGGCUUGGAACACUACGGCAUAAAGAACAGACAUCAAUCACAUUUGACAGCUAGCCUAACUCUCUGUCAUGUUGUUUCACUUUAGUUUGCCCAACCUCUCCUCUAGUCUAGUUCACUCUCUGGUACUUUGCACCAGCUCCAGAUUACAUCUCACUACUGACUCCCUCCCUGUCUAGCCCAAGGUUACCUUCCCCUCUCCUGUCUCCAGUCCCCCCUCCCUUCUGUGUUUCUUGCCUCUCACUGUGUAUGUCAUGUUUGUCAUUUAGCAGACUCUGUUAUCCAAAACGACUUACAGUAGUGCAUGUAUACAUUUUCGAAUGGGUGGCCCCAGAGAGAAUCGAACCCAUCUAAACCACACAGGACAUACAUACAGGUAUGUAUGAUAUGAAUGAUAACUGGGACUUGCCGUUCCUCAGCAUCACCCUGCAUCUGAAGAUCUCCUGCCCCUCGUCCCCGGCGGUCCCUAUGGCCCAUGGCCGUGGCAUGGCCUUCCCCGUGCCCCAGGUGAAGAUCGAGAUGGAGUCGGACUACGACACAGACACUGACCACCCCCGCCACAGGGACAUGAGCAGCGAAACAACGCUGUAG